AUGAAGGCCAGUGAGAUAUUAAUGGUAAUUAGGAAAUACUUAUAAAUUCAGUAAACUUUGUUCUAAGAUGGGCACGGUAUAAUUUGCGUAACUUCAAAGUUAGGCGAGUGGGUUAUACUAUUAAUUAUAAACUGGGUGGUUCAAGCCCUGCAUGCUGAUUUGUCUGACAGCCGUGGUAUAUCAGACCGUAUACCACGGGUAUGACAACCAUUUAUUUUUGCUGCUCUAAUUACAUUGGUAACCAGUUUAUAAUAGCAUUAAGGCACCUUAGUGGUUUGUGGUAUAUCACCAAUAUACCACGGCUAAGGGCUGUAUCCAGGCACUCCGCAUUGCGCCGUGCAUAAGAACAGCCUUUAGCUGUGGUAUAUUGGCCAUAUACCACACCCCCUCGGGACUUAUUGCUUAAUUAAACUAAAUUUGUGCAAAAUCUUUUUAUGUGGUGUUCAGUGGAAGGAAGUGGAAUUGUGGUCAGUGAUCAUAAUACUUGCUCAUAGAAGGCCGUUACUCUUCUGUGGUUUAUGAAUAGCUUAUCCGUUUAAAACACGUUUUACUAUCUAUGACUGUCUGACCUGUUUUUUGAAAACAAUAAUAUAUGGUACUAUACAGAUAGGUCUGGUUAAAUUCCUGAGAAAGCGGAGGUUGGGUUAGGUUAGUACAUUCUCUUGUAGAUAGACCUGCUUAUUCACCCAAAUUCCUCCUCUUGGGGGUCUCAUCACUCCAUUCUGACUGUCUCUGUCUCUAUUUCAGCUUUAACCCUACUAGAACAUCAUUAACAACUCACCCGGUACACACACACGGCUGCUUUUAAUAUAGAUGCACUGGCACUCAUUUCAUGUGAAGGUCUCAACCAUUAUACACUCAUCCCAACCUCUCAACCAUUAUACACUCAUCCCAACCUCUCAACCUUGGAGCUUUCAUCCUUUUAAAAACCCCUCAGUGAUGCACCCUGCCCUGAAGUUAGUAAAUUAAAACGAUUCUCGUACACCGCACACACACACCACACACACGCAGGGUGAGUGUAAACUAAGUGUCGAGAAUGCUUUACGGCCAGUCUGCCACUGACCUCCCUCUAGGCCAGUGCUGCCACUGUGGCCUUGCCCUCUCGUGACUCCCCCCCUCCUCCUCUCUCCUCUCUCCCAUGCCCUGUCACCUGACGCUGACGGAUGGCUGACUCACCCAGAGUGUCAGGCUCGUAAAUCACCUGUUACCGUGGCGAGCGCCGUCGAAAACAUCCAUUAACACAAUCCCGACGCAAUCACGGGGCCGUCUGGGUGGGGGGCCCCCCCAAAAUGCAAAUGUAUUACUGGGCCGGCGUCCAUUCAGUCGACGAGGACAUGACCGUGUGAUUUAUCAGCUACUGCAACGGGAGGAAUGAAGGGAAGAAGGAAAGAACAUCACAGCUAAUGGAAGAGAGGGUUGAGGAUGGAAGGGAGCAAUCACUUUCUUAUGAACAAAUGAUUUACAAACAAUUUAGAGCCUACUUCUGAGGAGUCAUGGAGUGGAACAGAAGCUCUAUCUAAAUGAUGUGUUUGGUGUGUGUGUGUGUUUGAUAGUGUGGGAUCGUUGGACGUAUGAUGUGAGUGUUUGUGUUUGUCGGAGUGGCACGGUCUGUUAUCAUUGCUUUUAUCUCCUGGCUUGGUAGUCCAUGGUGACAGGGGGUUACCCUGAUUCCCCCUCAGCCCCCCUUGUGUUAAUCCUGCUUGACUCAUUUUAAUGGGACAGGUUCCCAUCAAACACAGCUAGAGGAAAUCAUUUCAGCCCAAUCAAAUUGUCUUCUCACCGCCUGUCUCCUAGCAAAUGGUGGCUAUCCCUCUUUGCUUUCCGUCCAGUGACAGGCCCUUCUUGUCUUCAACACCUUGCGCCCCGUCUUACAAUAUUAAUUUUGACAUGUGCAGUGUUAUUUUCCUUCUUAUCACUUUGUAGUAGGCAGGGUUCAAUCAUAGAAAUGUCAUCGCCACUAUUAAAUAAAUGACAAAUCAUGACAUUUAUAGCUUGUACAAUAUAUCUCCAGACACAAAGAACAUUAUUCCUUCCUUAGCUAUAGGGCUCAGACCCCCUCCCCCCCAUGCAACACAAACACACACACACACACACACACACACAAACCCCCAUGUAGAUAACCUUUUCCAUAAUGCUGCUAAAGGUAGCAUGAUAAAUUCAUUGACAUCCUGCUGGCGUGGAAAUAAUACGAUUCAUGUUUUUGGAGGCAAAACAUGUUUUCACAUAGUGUGUGUGUGUGUGUGUGCGUGCACAAACAGCAACUGAGAAACACAACACACUGGCACCGUCUAGAUUAAAUGAAUAAUAUGCGUGAAAGGUAAAUUAAAAAGCAACGGUUUCAAACAUGAAACACAUAACUGACAAAACAACUCACCUAAGGGAACAGCUAUCUAUAAAAUAUGUCUUUAUUUUCUUUGAAUGUACUCGUUACAAAUAUUGCAUUUACAACAAAUACAUUGCGUUAUAUAGGCCUAAUCCUUUGAAAGCAAUAUCUCUUUUUUUAUAUAUGCUGCAAUCCAAUUUCCCAUACGGGACAAAUAACAUACAGUAUCUACAACUACUACUACUAAUAGAAUUGGAACUGGGAAAAAGUGCAUUUAGUAUUAGCUAGAGUCUGAAGUUGAUCAUAUCCUAGAUGACAGUUCUGUAUGAUGUCUCUAUGUUAUCAUAGCUGGAGGGUAAUCCUGACUAAGAUGUCACGUCUGCCAGCGCCAGUUGUUGCCAUGACCUCCAGAAGAUUAAAGUCAGUCUCUAAAUAGGCUUCUCCCCCAACCAGCCCUUUUGCUGUUGUGUUGCUGCUGCAUUGUGUCUGUCUGCGUAGUACGGAGGUCAGAAAGAGGCUAGGGACUACAGCCUGGAUUUCACUCAGGACCAGAGGAUGUGAGCGGAGUGGAGCGAGGAGCGGAGCGUGCCCAGUUUGACUGGAGUGCGGAGGGAGAUUCCCAAAGGCCUUCUCGCCCGCUCCAAUUUCGCUCCAGGAUAGCUCCAGUAGCGCUCACUUCACAGGCUCGGGGCAUGCCCGGCCCAGCAUGCAUUUGUAGUGUGCUACUAUAGCCCCUUGCUUUAGCUACUGUCAUGGAGUUCGCUAAAUAUUUUCAUAAAGAAACUGGUAGAACACACAGGUGCUAAAUGAAGGUGACUUACAAAGAUGAGGACCAAGAGAGGGAGUGUGGUGAUGUAGUGUCCACAACUAAAGAAUCAUUGUGGAAUCUGAAAAGACACGUAUCCCGAAAGCAUGAUUGUGUACUUACUACGUGCACAUGCUAAAAGAAAGGAAAGAGGUGGGUAGCUAGCUAAGUGUGUCAUUGUAGCAAAGUAUUUGUAAACUAAAAAUCAGAUCUCUUAAAAGUUUAGUUCAUUUUCAUUCUAUUAUCUAUACAAUAGGCCAUCAUUGAUUUUGACCCAAGAGGCCUGGCAUAUUACCUCUUUCAAGGAGCUUUCUGUUUUGAUUGGAUUAUUUAAACUAAAAUCCUUAAGGCCUACCUACAGAAAAAAAACGACGCAUCCUGCCCAGCCUGGCAAGGGUGGCCCGAAGGGUGUUUACCAUCCCCAGUGGCUCUGCAAGCGUGGAGAGGGUAUUCUCCGCUGCUGGCCUGCUCUCCAGGCUCCAUGGCAUGAGCCUGAAGCCACAGACUCUGGCCAAACUCGGGUUUCUAAAAAUGAAUUCAAGGCACUGAGCCUAAUAAGGCAUUUUUCGUUGAAUUUGUAUUUACUUUUACAUAAGUCACAGCCUAUAUGUGCAAUUUAUAGACUAUAAUGAUUUAAUACAACAAAAUGUUGUUUAAAUGCUGAUAGCUUAAUGUCCCUGCCAGCCUAGUGUUUCGCACUCGCAAAUGCUUCAAAAUGUUUUUCUUUGUAGGCUAUUGCCUUGAAAUAAUUGAAAUAAUAUAGCCUAAAUAAUUACUUUUCCUUCUUAGGCUCCCUGUCUGGCUCCUGACCUAUUUAUAGUGUUUAUAUGCUGUUUAAUAUGACAUGUAGCCUAUUUGACAUGAUCUGCGCUUCUUACAGUCAACUUUUCUUGUUGUUUAUUAUAAUAAUGUUCAUUCAAAUCACAUGGUUUGGUUUCAAUACUUCAAAACCAAAUGGUAGGUCCAGGUAGUCACAACAAUAAACGGGUGUUGGUUAAAUGGUGAUGUUAAUGAAUGGAGUGAAUUUGGAGCGGCAGUUUUUUUUCUCCUGUGAGUGAGAAGCGUUUCUUAGUGGAGCGGUUGGAAAGGAUGUGGAGCGCCGGAGCGGUCUCCAUUACAUUUGACAUUUUAGUCAUUUAGCAGACGCUCUUAUCCAGAGCGACUUAGUUAGUGAGUGCAUACAUUUUCAUACUGGCCACCCGUGGGAAACGACCCACAACCCUGGCGUUGCAAGCGCCAUGCUCUACCAACUGAGCUACACGGGACCCUAGAAUUCCAUGAGCGAGAUAUCCAACCGCUCAACUCUGCUCACAUACUCUGCUCAGGUCCAGGCAGGGUUUUAUCAUCCGGGAUGUGUUUCAUUUCAGGGAGGAAUAACUAUCCUCCGCUGUGCCCUUGUUCACUUGUCUUUCCAGAAUAUGACAGAAUUGAGGUGAAAUAGGGCCGAGGGGAGGGGAGCAUCUUUCUGUAUUGAAACCCAGCCUGCUACAUUGUUCAUAUCCUUGUACACAUCUACGUCAACUGGAUUGGAUAGGUAACAGCAGUAUGAUAGAAGCUAGGUGGAAGAGGAAAUCUUCUUGGAAUUAAACUCAACCCAGGCCUCUAAUCUAGUUGUCCAGCAGGCCUGAUCCACAGAGGAGGAGAUGUUUAGAAAUACACCGUCCGGCUUGGUCGAUGGAUUUGGUUAUGCAGAUGAUGUGGCCCAGGAAUCUGUGCCAGGGGUUUUAUGUCCUAAAAAAGGACAUAAAUAGGUGUGAGGGAAAAGCUCUGUGGCAUAUGCUAAUCCAAUUCCAUUAGAGAUGUUGUUUUUGACUCUGUGCUUUUGAAUUGCAUAGGUUUACAAAUUCUCUCUCAUUCUCUCUCUUUCUCACUCUCAUUCUCUCUCUCUCUCUCUCUCUCCUCUCUCUCUCUCUCCUCUCUCUCUCUCUCUAUCUCUCUCUCUCUCUCUCUCUCUCUCUCUUCUCACUCACUCUCAUUCUCUCUCUCUCUUUCUCACUCACUCUCAUUCUCACUCACUCUCAUCUCUCUCUCUCUCUCUCUCUCUAAUUCUCUCUCUUUCUCACUCUUUCUCUCUCUCUCAUUCUCUUAUUCUCUCUCUCUCACUCUCUCUCAUUCGCUCUCUCUCAUUCUCUAUCUUACCCUCCUCUCUCUCUCUCUAGUUGGUGGGUGGCCAGUUUGACCUGGAGAUGAACUUCAUUAUCCAGGAGCAGGACAGCAUCGUGUGCAUGGUGGAGCUGCUGGACAAGGUGGGUGCUACACACACAGGAUUAAAUAGAACAAUAUUUAUAAUAUCAUCUAGGGAGUAUGUUGGAUGAGUUGUGGGAGGACACACAUAGAGAUACACACUUACAGUGAGGGGAAAAAAGUAUUUUAUCCCCUGCUGAUUUUGUACGUUUGCCCACUGACAAAGACAUGAUCAGUCUAUCAUUUUAAUGGUAGGUUUAUUUGAACAGUGAGAGACAGAAUAACAAAAAAAAAAUCCAGAAAAACGCAUGUAAAAAAUGUUAUAAAUUGAUUUGCAUUUUAAUGAGGAAAUAAGUAUUUGAUCCCUCUGCAAAACAUGACUUAGUACUUGGUGGCAAAACCCUUGUUGGCAAUCACAGAGGUCAGACAUUUCUUGUAGUUGGCCACCAGGUUUGCACACAUCUCAGGAGGGAUUUUGUCCCACUCCUCUUUGCAGAUCUUCUCCAAGUCAUUAAGGUUUCGAGGCUGACGUUUGGCAACUCGAACCUUCAGCUCCCUCCACAGAUUUUCUAUGGAAUUAAGGUCUGGAGACUGGCUAGGCCACUCCAGGACCUUAAUGUGCUUCUUCUUGAGCCACUCCUUUGUUGCCUUGGCCGUGUGUUUUGGGUCAUUGUCAUGCUGGAAUACCCAUCCACGACCCAUUUUCAAUGCCCUGGCUGAGGGAAGGAGGUUCUCACCCAAGAUUUGAUGGUACAUGGCCCCGUCCAUCGUCCCUUUGAUGCGGUGAAGUUGUCCUGUCCCCUUAGCAGAAAAACACCCCCUUGAGAUCAUUGACAAGAUCCUCCCGUGUAGUUCUGGGCUGAUUCCUCACCGUUCUCAUGAUCAUUGCAACUCCACGAGGUGAGAUCUUGCAUGGAGCCCCAGGCCGAGGGAUGGUCUUGCUGCUUGGCGAUGGUCUUGUAGCCCAUUCCAGCCUUAUGUAGGUCUACAAUCUUGUCCCUGACAUCCUUGGAGUGCUCUUUGGUCUUGGCCAUGGUGGAGAGUUUGGAAUCUGAUUGAUUGAUUGAUUGCUUCUGUGGACAGGUGUCUUUUAUACAGGUAACAAGCUGAGAUUAGGAGCACUCCCUUUAAGAGUGUGCUCCUAAUCUCAGCUCGUUACCUGUAUAAAAGACACCUGGGAGCCAGAAAUCUUUCUGAUUGAGAGGGGGUCAAAUACUUAUUUCCCUCAUUAAAAUGCAAAUCAAUUUAUAACAUUUUUGACAUGCGUUUUUCUGGAUUUUGUUGUUGUUAUUCUGUCUCUCACUGUUCAAAUAAACAUACCAUUAAAAUUAUAGACUGAUCAUUAAUUUGUCAGUGGGCAAACAACAAAAAUGCAAAUCAAUUUAUAACAUUUUUGACAUGCGUUUUUCUGGAUUUUGUUGUUGUUAUUCUGUCUCUCACUGUUCAAAUAAACAUACCAUUAAAAUUAUAGACUGAUCAUUAAUUUGUCAGUGGGCAAACAACAAAAAUCAGCAGGGGAUCAAAUACUUUUUUUCCCUCACUGUAGAAAUAGAUUUUCUUCCAGUCCACCCAUCAUAGUCUCAAUUGACUUGAAUGGGGAUCCCCUUUCUAGUAAUUCUAUGCCUAUUUCUAUGGAUACAUGUUGGCGGUGAAUGAUUGUAAAGCUCUUUGAGCAUCUGGCAAAUUGCUUUAUAAAUCUGAUCAAUGAUUAUUAUUAUGGCUGUGAUUCCCAGUGUGAACCCACGUGCCAGGCGGAGGUGUGGAGCAUCUUCACGGCUAUCCUGAAGAAGAGCGUGAGGAACCUGCAGGCCUGCACCGACACAGCCCUCAUUAACUUGGUCCUGGACCGCGUGGCCCACACUGACAGCAUGAUCGCAGGUACUGCCACAGUAACACCAGAGGCCAAAGUCAUUUCACUCCAGAGUAAUGAGUGUGGAUGAUUGUCUCAGUCAGAAUCAUUAUCCAGUGGCCGGACACACACACACACACACACACACACACACACACACACACACACACACACACACACACAUCAUGAUCAUCACCAUCAUUAGAUUAGGAGCGUGUGCAGACCUGACAACACCACUCAGCCUCCCACUAACCCACUGCCCAGUCAGAGUAGUGACUCACACACCAGUCAGUAGACACAAUCACCAGCCUCAAUCACUCACCAGUCUCUCACCCAGUUACUAAUGAGACAAAUAACUCUUCUUAAGCGCAAUGACUGGCCUGGCAGAGCAGGAUGAUCAUCAUUAGCAAAAUGAAACCUCCAUUAGCCCAGGGAACAUGAACAUGCAGGCCAGACAGACAAACCCAGGGAACAUGAACAUGCAGGCCAGGCCAGACAGACAGACAAACCCAGGGAACAUGAACAUGCAGGCCAGACAGACAAACCCAGGGGACAUGAACAUGCAGGCCAGACAGACAAACCCAGGGGACAUGAACAUGCAGGCCAGACAGACAAACCCAGGAGACAUGAACAUGCAGGCCAGACAGACAAACCCAGGGGACAUGAACAUGCAGGCCAGACAGACAAACCCAGGGAACAUGCAGGCCAGGCCAGACAGACAGACAAACCCAGGGAACAUGAACAUGUAGUCCUGGCCAGACAGACAGACAAAGAAAAAUUUUUUACACUAAUGUGCUGACCCGAACCGACUGCACUUGCUCUGAUAUUUUCUUUUCACAUCGUCCUUUCAGCACGGCUCCGGCAAUAAUGGUAUAACCAGGCCAUUGCAGUAUGGUUUGACUCGGCUUGGCUCAGUUGUGUGAAACGGGCAUUAGGCUGUUAGAUCAGACGGCCUCUCUCCCUCUCCUUCCAUGGCUGGUGUGUGUCUGUCCUCUGAUGCUCCAGGUCACUCUGGGAGGCUAUAGAACAUCUUUCUCUGUUCACUGAGAUGAAAAUGGCCCUCCAUGGCAUUAGCCAGUAAUGUGUCUGAUUGUAGGCUGAAGGCCAGGGGGAGAGUGGCUGGUUUCAUACAGGCUCUACAGCAGCACACAUGGGUUUGAACUCUAUUACUGCUGUAAUACUGCACAGGAAAAGGCCCAUACACUUAUCUCCCAUUGUGAUGGGGAAUAUUGGGAAAUAUAAGCCACUAGUCAAUGCACAUGGAUGGGGAAUGGGAUAGCAUUUCGAUACAUCCGCGAUAACAUGUGCAAAAUACUAUUUGAUUUGGAUAGUAUUUUAAAUGCUGAAUAUCUGAUUUAAGUGUUUUUCGAUGUCCUCUUUAGUAUGAAGUAUUUUUGGUAUAUUUGUAAUCAAUCAAUAGACUGUUGUGUGGAAGGCAAGGCUGUGAUUCAGACCGUUCUUCUCUGGGUGUGUGUAUUCAAGUUUGGUAUAACAUUUGUUACUGAAUGAAAACCCUCAUGGCAUUGGUAAUGGUUGAUUUGACAACCUGUUCAGGCUAUUGUUAGGGUUUAGGUAAUUGACAACCUGGUUGACUUUUAGGUUGGAAUACUGACAAACCCUUCACCUAUGUUGUGGUGUGGGUAAAUGACAACCCUUUCUAAUUGUUGGGGUGGGAACUUGACACUCUGUUCUAGCCUAUGUUAGGUUGUAAAUGAUACUUGACUUGUAUUUCAAAUUGUAUAUUGAUUUAAGUUCGAUGUCGUCUUAGUAUGAAGUGUUAAUUGAAACUCUGUUCAGCAUUGUUAGGGUUGUUGGUACGAAUUACAAUGUUACAGUAAAGCCAUUUUAGGGUUUGUAUGUGACAUCCUUUCUUAGCCAUACUUAGGGUUGGUACUUGACAACCUCUUGUCUAGCCUAGUGUUAGGUGGGUAACUUGACAACCUCUGUUCUAGCCUAUUGUUAGGGUGUGGUAACUUGACAACCUCUGUUCUAGCCUAUUGUUAGGGUGUGGUAACUUGACAACCUCUGUUCUAGCCUAUUGUUAGGGUGUGGUAACUUGACAACCUCUGUUCUAGCCUAUUGUUUAGGGUUUGGUAACUUGACAACCUUUGUUCCAGCCUAUUGUUAGGGUGUGGUAACUUGACAACCUCUGUUCUAGCCUAUUGUUAGGGUGUGUUAACUUGACAACCUCUGUUCUAGCCUAUUGUUAGGGUGUGGUAACUUGUCAGCUUCCCCUCUUCACAUAUGUCAUAUUUAACCUGUAUGUUUAACCUGUGUGUGUGUGUGUGUGUACUACUGUAUGUUUAACCUGUGUGUGUUUCCGUCUUCCAGACCUGAUGGUGGACAUGCUAGGAGUGCUGGCCAGCUACAGCAUCACAGUCAAGGAGCUGAAGCUGUUCUUCAGCAAACUACAAGGAGAGAAAGGCCAAUGGGUAACACAGCUAGUCUAACCUUCAUACCGUACCGCCCUGUCAUAUUUGUCUUGUAGAGAGCAUGGGGAAUGUGCUAGCAACACUUCAACUGGUAACCUGUACACAUCCUUUUACCCUCUCUGUACUCUGGAACCAUACAUCACACUGUGUAGUACAGACACACCAUCGCUGUCUAUUGGGCUAAUCCAAAAAACAUGACUGCAUUAUUAAUGUGUAAUAACUUGAGGAGGAAGUUGCCUCUUAGCACUGAUUAUGACCCCAGUUUUAUCAUUCUACCUUCUACUGGGUAAGGUUACGAUUAAGGAGAGGGUAAACUGAUCUUAGAUCAGUGUUUGGGAUUACAUCACACACAUUUAACAGUUGGCUGAACAUUAAUAGUACUAUCCUAUCAUUAGUUAAAGAUAAUAUCUAUACAUAAGAUACAUUAGUGGUUAUAAAGUGGAAGAGGAAUUUGUUUUCCAACCUGGGUUUUGUGGUUUUCCACCAAGUCAGCCUGGACAGUCUUGCCUAGCAGUGUGGAGUCAUUACAGUACAGUGGGAAAUCAGCCUGGACAGUCUUGCCUAGCAGUGUGGAGUCAUUACAGUACAGUGGGAAAUCAGCCUGGACAGUCUUGCCUAGCAGUGUGGAGUCAUUACAGUACAGUGGGAAAUCAGCCUGAACAGUCUUGCCUAGCAGUGUGGAGUCAUUACAGUACAGUGGGAAAUCAGCCUGGACAGUCUUGCCUAGCAGUGUGGAGUCAUUACAGUACAGUGGGAAAUCAGCCUGGACAGUCUUGCCUAGCAGUGUGGAGUCAUUACAGUACAGUGGGAAAUCAGCCUGGACAGUCUUGCCUAGCAGUGUGGAGUCAUUACAGUACAGUGGGAAAUCAGCCUGGACAGUCUUGCCUAGCAGUGUGGAGUCAUUACAGUACAGUGGGAAUAGCCCUUGUGUAAAAACAGCAGAUCUAGUAGGCUGUAGUACCAUGAAUAUGAGUGUAUAUAAUGUAUUAUCCACGGAGUCCUGCACCAUUCGGACAGAAGGAGAGAGGGAUGGGAUUGGGAAGCCCAUUGAUCAGUGUGGAAUCAAGUUGUCAAGGAAAUGGGGGCAAGCUGCUUUUGUGCUUCUCUGUUUCCGUCCACCCCCCCCUUAACACACACACACACACACACACAAUGCUAGCUCUUUGAAAUAUUAUCUUAGGGGGUUGACGAGAUGAUGCGUCUAUCAGAAGCCUCUCCAUCACAGGAUUUGAGCAGAGUGAACACAGUGUAAUAUGCGUAUUGCAGCCUCCACAGAAAUUAAACCGACGAGGCCUUGUCGGAAAAGAAAAGCUCAUCAAUAUAUUAUGGAAGUUUAUCAACGUUGAUCGCGGUUCCGUGGGUUUUGAUUGACAUUUGGGUUGAAAGGAAGGGGGAUCUGAUCUGAAGCGGGUGACUGGAAUGUAGAACAGCAAGACAACCGCUGCUGUUUCUUAGAACUACUGCAUUCUCACUAAUGUCUCAACAAGAAGUUGGCUUGAUGGCUAGUAGAGGUUAAUAUAGAAAAGCAGAAAAUAGACACGUGGCUGACCUUGACACACUGUAGUUGUGAUGAUGUUGGUGUUUUUUCGCUUGCCUGUGAACUUGAACAUAUAGCUGUACAUUUGAGUGUGUGUGUUUAUGUGUGUACUUGUGUAUGCAGUGCACCCUUAUCAAAGUCUAUGGCGUCUCAUCUUGUGUGUGUGUUCUUCCCUCCAGCCUCCCCAUGCGGUGAAGCUGCUGUCUGUCCUGAAGAGCAUGGCCCACCGGAACGGACCUGACUCCUUCUUCAGCUUCCCAGGGAAGAGCGCUGCUGUGAGUACAGUUACAACUCAAUACACCUCCACAUGUUAACCUGGAUCCCAGACUGAUCAUUAGAAUACAGUAUAGUACACACUACCCAACUAGACUAGAAUCUGAUGCUACACCUGAUAUGACACUGUAUUCCCCUAGGCUCUGGUCAAGUAGCGCACGAUGUAAGGGAUAGUGUCAUUUCAGACUUUUAGUGACUGGUAUCAGUCUCGGUGGACACUGAGUAUCUACAGUAAGAUAAUAGUAUUUACAGAACCUCUGGAUAGGUUCUUAAUGGGUUAAAUCCUCUUGUGCUUGACUUCCCACAUGAUCCAAGGCUGUAAGCAUUAGGAAUGACUAAGAUAAUGCAUCAUGAAUUGCCUGUAAGCUCUGACCCAGCACACAUCUUCGCUUCUAUAUCCUUUAAUGCCAAGGUUUACCAACCAUAUAUAGCAUGGGUCAUACUGGACUACUGUGUGUGCGUUGAAUAAGCAGCAUGGGAAGAGAGGAGGAGCACAGAUGCUAGCUAAUGCUCCUAGCCAUCUUCCCUCUGUUCUCCAUCUCCUCCCUUCAUUCUAAUGCUCCUAGCCAUCUUCCCUCUGUUCUCCAUCUCCUCCCUUCAUUCUAAUGCUGCUAGCCAUCUUCCCUCUGUUCUCCAUCUCCUCCCUUCAUUCUAAUGUUCCUAGCCAUCUUCCCUCUGUUCUCCAUCUCCUCCCUUCAUUCUAAUGCUCCUAGCCAUCUUCCCUCUGUUCUCCAUCUCCUCCCUUCAUUCUAAUGCUCCUAGCCAUCUUCCCUCUGUUCUCCAUCUCCUCCCUUCAUUCUAAUGCUCCUAGCCAUCUUCCCUCUGUUCUCUAUCUCCUCCCUUCAUUCUAAUGCUCCUAGCCAUCUUCCCUCUGUUCUGCAUCUCCUCCCUUCAUUUCUAAUGCUCCUAGCCAUCUUCCCUCUGUUCUCCAUCUCCUCCCUUCAUUCUAAUGCUCCUAGCCAUCUUCCCUCUGUUCUCUAUCUCCUCCCUUCAUUCUAAUGCUCCUAGCCAUCUUCCCUCUGUUCUCUAUCUCCUCCCUUCAUUCUAAUGCUCCUAGCCAUCUUCCCUCUGUUCUCCAUCUCCUCCCUUCAUUCUAAUGCUCCUAGCUAUCUUCCCUCUGUUCUCCAUCUCCUCCCUUCAUUCUAAUGCUCCUAGCCAUCUUCCCUCUGUUCUCCAUCUCCUCCCUUCAUUCUAAUGCUCCUAGCCAUCUUCCCUCUGUUCUCCAUCUCCUCCCUUCAUUCUAAUGCUCCUAGCCAUCUUCGUACUCCUUCUGACCCCUUCCUUCUCAUAGCAGCAAUCCCUAAGCUGAUUUUUGUAUCUAUCCAGCCAUUCAGCCAGCCAGCCAGCCAGCCAUGUGAUUUAGUGAGUGAAAGAAUAAGGUAUAAGUCCCCUGGGAAUGUUCUGUUAUACCCCUCUCUUUCUCUUAAAAUAGAGCAGAUUUCUAAUACACUUCCUGGUGUCAAUGGGUUUAAAAGUGAGGAUUUAGUGAAGUUAGCUCAGUUAAGAUGCUCUUGCUGAAGUCUUCAAAGAAAUGAAGGAUGAAAACUUAUCAGACAUAUAGUCUAAGCUAUGAUCUCAUAUCUUAGGCAAUGUCUGCCGAGUUUCCAUGAAGGAUGACAUCGUAGACUUAUGUCUGCUACGUUUGAACUGUGUAUCUCAGUCUAGGACCUUUACCUUUCACUACUUUCUCAAUUAGUCUCACCUGAAUGCUGUCUACACCUGCAUGUGGCCAUGGAACAUUAGAUAAGACUGUACAGUACCUGGGUUAGACUGCUAACUAUAGAGAGGGGAAAGAGAGUUAAAGUCUGCUCCCAUUGUGUCUUAUAAUGGCUGUCGGGGACACUCACAUUGUAUGUAGCGAGUGUGUGUGUGCUGUUAUGUCUCUUUGUACCCUCCCAUUGCCAUGGUGACGGUGCCCUUUGGUGAGGGUGAGCUCAGGGCCGCCCUAAGAGCGUCUGCGAUUGGUGUGUGUGCAGCCGAGACUGAGCACUAAGCACACGCCUUCCCCUUCCUGUGAAUCUCGCUAAUGAGGCAGGAAGGCCUCUGGGUAGACACACACACACGCAUGAACAGCUACGUUUUCUAUCUGUUCCUUCUUGGUCCUACUGUAGUCUAGGUCACACUACUCACAAUCCUAUUUUUAAAACAUUCAACUGUUUGUCUCCUCACAGGCUAUAGCUCUGCCCCCUAUAGCCAAAUGGCCGUACCAGAAUGGAUUCACCUUCCACACCUGGCUCCGCAUGGAUCCAAUCAACAACAUCAAUGUUGACAAGGACAAGCCUUACCUGUACUGGUGAGUUCCAGACACCAACCGUCCAUGUUUGAGAUCAACUACACUGCACUCGCCGACUGCAGACUGACUAUGAAUCACCUUGCAUCCUAAAUGACUAAUCAUGAUGAUUUGUAGAUCAGUCAGUCUGUAGCCACUGACUGUAACGUAGUCAAUCUCAUACACCCACACUGACACAACUUACUGCAGCUUGAUUUGUUCUUUCUCUAUGCAAAUAACGUCUCUACUCAUAUCCUGACUUGAGAUACCUAUGCAUAACUUUUGUAUGGAUAAUGUGAUAUUAUUCAGGUGUAUUCAAAUAGAAUUUGGCUCAUACCGUAGUUCCCUGUGUGUGUGUGUGUGUGUGUGUGUGUUUGUGUGGUUUGUGUGUACUGUAUUUGCACGCCAAGCAAAGCUAUUUGAUUUUUUCCUUGUUCAACAAAAUUGUAGGAUGAAGUCAUAUCCCCAAACAGUCUAUAAAAAAAACAGCCAGCACAGAGGCUUAAUAGACACACACACACACACACACACACACACACACACACACACACACACACACAUUACCAGAUGAAGAAGGCAUACUGAAUACUGAUGCAGUGCCUCCCUCUCUCCGUUUCCAUUUACCUCUCUCUCAUCAGUAUCUUCCCCUCAUCUCUCUCUCUCUCUCUCUCUCCUCUCUCUUCUCUUAUAUAUCUCUCUCUCUCUCCUCUCUCUCUAUCUCUUUUUCGUAUCCCCCCUAUCUCUACUCUCUACAUCCAUUCCUCUCUCCCUCUCCCAGGGACAGUAAAUCAGGGCCUCACUCGUCCUAUUUUCAGCCGAUAAUUAAUUUCUGACAAAAAAUUCUAAUUUAUGCGCCGGGAUUUGGUGGGCCUUCUGUUUGGGGGCUUCUGAAAAUGAUAACCAACCACACACAGCCAGCCAGGCAGCCAGCCAGCCAGGCAGCUAGAAGCAGAGGCAGAAAAGUCUGUAAUAAAACUCUACUUCAGACUCUGCCCUUUUAAAAAGAGAUUAGUUCACUAAAUCACACACGGCGACCGCCGGGGCCCCCGCUCGCUCAGAACACAGACGCCCACAAAUGGGAAUUUGUUGUGAAGUUGACAGAUGAUUGAGGCUUUCGCUAUCUCUGUCUCUCCUCCGUUUUCAAAGUGUUUUUUAAAUGUGUAUGUUUGUAUGAUUUAUUGGCAGGUUGACUCGUCUUGAAACCCUCCUCUGCCCUUGAGUGUUAGACUGUGUUAAAGUGAGCCGUUAGGCUCACUAACUGAAAUUUGUUUUUUUAUUUCUCUCUAUUUUUGUUUUUAUUCCCUCUCUUCCUGUAGUUUCCGCACCAACAAAGGUCUGGGCUACUCAGCACACUUUGUGGCCGGCUGUUUGAUUGUGACCUCGUUAAAGUCCAAUGGGAAGGGAUUCCAGCACUGCGUGAAAUAUGACUUCAAACCGCAGAAGGUAGGCAGCCGGCGAGGCUGGCAGGCAGACAGACACUGUCCUGUGGGAGAGACACACACAAACCUAGCACUCAUAAAACAUAGAAACACGUACUAAAUAGGACACACAGACAUGUUCUCUUUCGCAUAGGACACACAGAGAACAAACUGUACGCAGGCAUAGGACACAUGCUGCCCCCUCGUCUAGACCUUUUGGGAUGAGGCAUAGUCAUCUGGUCCUUCCUCUGGGGGGCCAGCAAUGUCAGAACAGAACGGUGAAAAAAGGAUAGAAGGAUUGAGAGAAAGGGAGAUGGGGAUGAUCUAAUGGGGCCCGACACACAGCCAGACCAUAGCACCCAGACCCAGUCAAGCCCAACAGCAUCGGUGAGAUCCAUGGUGCCCCUGGCCAAUUAAAACUCCCCUGUUAUCCCCCACUACUCAGACUCAAAACCUCAUUCUGAUAUGUUUGGCCUCUAUUUUUAGCUCCCUGUAUUCCACGAUCGGUCUUAUCUCCCAAGGUGUCUGCCUGGUAACUCUAAUAACCUAUUUCACUGGAUUCUUCCCAUGUGAAAUCUGAGCAGCCAAUGUAGGUGGGAUUGUAGCCCAAGGGGUUUAGGAGUUGAUCGCCCCCAUGUCUCAUAAGGGUAACUCAGUGAAGGCAGCUAGGAAUGAGGCUAAGAUGAAGGCUGGCCAAUGCUUUUUUGCUCGUUUGCAGUUGGUAGGCAGUUUACAUACACUUAGGUAGGAGUCAUUAAAACUUGUUUUUCAACCACUCCACAAAUGUCUUGUUAACAAGCUAUAGUUUUAGCAAGUCGGUUAGGACGUCUACUUUGAUCAUGACACAAGUAAUUUUUCCAACAAUUGUUUACAGAUCGAUUAUUUCACUUAUAAUUCACUGUAUCACAAUUCCAGUGGGUCAGAAGUUUACAUACACUAAGUUGACUGUGCCUUUAAACAGCUUGGAAAAUUCCAGACAAUGAUGUCAUGGCUUUAGAAGCUUCUGAUAGGCUAAUUGACAUCAUUUGAGUCAAUUGGAGGUGUACCUGUGGUUGUAUUUCAAGGCCUACCUUCAAUCUCAGUGCCUCUUUGCUUGAGAUCAUGGGAAAAUCAAAAGAAAUCAGCCAAGAUCUCAGAAAUAGAAUUGUAGACCUCCACAAGUGUGGAUUGGUAGCAAUUUCCAAACGCCUGAAGGUACCACGUUCAUCUGUACAAACAAUAGUACGCAAGUAUAAACACCAUGGGACCACGCAGCCGUCAUUCCGCUAACGUACUUUGGUGCAAAAAGUGCAAAUCAAUCCCAGAACAACAGCAAAGGACCUUGUGAAGAUGCUGGAGGAAACAGGUACAAAAGUAUCUAUAUCCACAGUAAAAACUAGUCCUAUAUCGACAUAACCUGAAAGGCUGCUCAGCAAGGAAGAAGCCACUGCUCCAAAACCGCCAUAAAAAAGCCAGACUACGGUUUGCAACUGCACAUGGGGACAAAGAUCGUACUUUUUGGAGAAAUGUCCUCUGGUCUGAUGAAACAAAAAUAGAACUGUUUGGCCAUAAUGACCAUCGUUAUGUUUGGAGGAAAAAGGGGGAUGCUUGCAAGCCGAAGAACACCAUCCCAACCGUGAAGUACAGGGGUGGCAGCAUCAUGCUGUGGGGGUGCUUUGCUGCAGGAGGGACUGGUGCACUUCACAAAAUAGAUGGCAUCAUGAGGAAGGAAAAUUAUGUGGAUAUAUUGAAGCAACAUCUCAAGACAUCAGUCAGGAAGUUAAAGCUUGGUCGCAAAUGGGUCUUCCAAAUAGACAAUGACCCCAAGCAUACUUCCAAAGUUAUGGCUUAAGGACCACAAAGAGUGGCCAUCACAAAGCCCUGACCUCAAUCCUAUAGAAAAUGUGUGGGCAGAACUGAAAAGGCAAGGAGGCCUACAAACCUGACUCAGUUACACCAGCUCUGUCAGGAGGAAUGGGCCAUUAUUCACCCAACUUAUUGUGGGAAGCUUGUGGAAGGCUACCCGAAACGUUUGACCCAAGUUAAACAAUUUAAAGGCAAUGCUACCAAAUACUAAUUGAGUGUAUGUCAACUUCUGACCCACUGGGAAUGUGAUGAAAGAAAUCAAAUCUGAAAUAAAUCAUUCUCUCUAUUAUUAUUCUGACAUUUCACAUUCUUAAAAUAAAGUGGUGAUCCUAACUGACCUAAGACAGGGAAUUUAUACUAGGAUUAAAUGUCAGGAAUUGUGAAAAACUGAGUUGAGAUGUAUUUGGCUAAGGUGUAUGUAAACUUCCGACUUCAACUGUACCUUGUUAAUAACAUCAUUACCAUUGUUGUAAAUUAAAUUAUAAUUGAAAACAUUAUAGAAAAAUAACAACAUGUGAAACUGGUGAGGUGUUUAGGGUGUUAGGUCCAUAGAAAUAUAAUCUCAUUCUAGUGCUGUGGUUAAGAUGUUGUUGUUUCAGUGGUACAUUGAUACCAUGGUGGUUAAGUUGUUGUGUGUUGUUGUUUCAGUGGUACAUGGUGACCAUCGUUCAUGUCUACAACCGCUGGAAGAACAGUGAGAUCAGCUGCUACGUCAACGGAGAGCUCGCCUCCUACGGAGAAAUCACCUGGUUCGUCAACACCAGCGACGUAAGUAGCAAUCAAUCGAUCCAUACUAUACUGAUCAUCGUUGUUAUAAUGUUAUUCCUGUAGCAACCUUAAACCUCUACUCUCACACAACCAUUCCUACCCCUGUAUGCUGUGUAAUGGAAUAUAGCUGAACCUACAAGUUGUGAUAGUGGUUGUGGUUGGAUGAAUGCCUGCAUGUGUAUAACCAAAAGUAUUUUGGGAUGGCAGUCAUCAAUCAUAAAAUGUCUCUGAAGUCAUCAAUCAAUCAGCAAGAAAGCCUUGAAGCUAUCCAUCCAGAAUUCUUCAAUUUGAACCAUUUUGGUUAGGAUAACAAAGGUUCCACACAAAGACGUAUGGUAUAUGUUGUGAUUGAUGUACCACAGAGAACCAUUGUUACUGCAGUACAGGAUGUUAGAAGAGGACAGCACCUCCCCACAGGCCCCACUCUCUCUGAUUGAUUGAUAUAAUCACUGUCUCAGCUGACAGAGGGCUCAGGGGUGAAACCACUCUCUUUAUCUCUCUGCCUCUUUCUGUCUCUGUCUCUCUCUGCCUUUCUGUCUCUCUGCCUUUCUGUCUCUCUCUGUCUCUCUCUGCCUCUGUCUCUCUCUGCCUCUGUCUCUCUCUGCCUCUGUCUCUCUCUGCCUCUCUCUUUGUCUCUCUCUGCCUCUGUCUCUCUCUUUGUCUCUCUCUGCCUCUGUCUCUCUCUCUGUCUCUCUCUCUCUCUGUCUCUCUCUCUCUCUGUCUCUCUCUGCCUCUCUCUUUGUCUCUCUCUGCCUCUCUCUUUGUCUCUCUCUGCCUCUGUCUCUCUCUCUCUCUGUCUCUCUCUCUCUCUCUGUCUCUCUCUCUCUGUCUCUCUCUUUGUCUCUCUCUGCCUCUGUCUCUCUCUCUGUCUCUCUCUGUCUCUUCACAUGGAUGGAACUGGGUCUGUAACAGGGGAGGGAAAUGAGUUGCAUGAGUUGUGUAGUUGAAGACGCGCACACACACACACACACACACACACACACACACACACACACACACACACACACACACACACACACACACGCCUACCUCCAAGCAUAUAUGAGAUUCUGUCAUAUUUCUCCAGAAUGCUUUUUCUCUCUCUCGUGCGGAAGACAAGAUUCACAUGUCAGCUUUUAGCCAAAUGAAGAUGCUUUUCUAAUGCAAUGCUCUUGGCGUGACAGUGUCACAGAGGGCCUCGAUACCCUACAGUAGAUAUGGCUGAUUAAGAUAUCUCUCCUCCCUCCUUGAUAACAGUGCUACACUCAUCCCCAGCCUAUUUACACAUGCUCUAGUGAACAUACAGAAGGGAACAGAUUCAUAGAAAUGUAUGUUAUCUGUAUGCCGAUGGUGCGUUGAUUCACACUCAGACAUGCUGUUGGAGUUGUCAUAGUUAUCUUUAUUAAUGCUUGUUCAAUUCUCCUUCCUUGUUUCCUUCCUUCCUCCCUUCCUCCAGACUUUCGACAAGUGUUUCCUUGGUUCGUCAGAGACGGCGGACGCCAACCGUGUGUUCUGUGGUCAGAUGGGGGCGGUGUAUCUGUUUGGCGAGGCCCUCAGUGCAGCACAGAUUCUUGCCAUCUACCAGCUGGGGCCUGGUUACAAGGAAAAGGAAAGCCCAUCCUACCAGCGGGGCCCGGUUUCAAGGUAGGAACGCAAAGCCCCCCGUCAUUUCCACUGGGGCCCGGUUACAAGGUAGGGAGAGCAAAGCCCAGUCAUCUACCAGCUGGGGCCUGGGUUUAAAAUAGGGAGAGCAAAGCUCUCUACCAGGGGGCCCCGGUUCAAAAGGGAGGGAGACGAAAACCCCCCUCAUCACCACUGGGGGGCCUGGACAAGGUAGGGAGACCAAAGCCCAGUCAUCACCCCCGGGGGCCCGGUUACAAGGGAGGGAACCAAACCCAGUCAUUACCAGCGGGGCCGUUCCAGGUAGGGAAGCAAAACCCAGUUUUACCAGCUGGGGCCUGGUUCAAAGGUGGGAAAGCAAAACCAUCAUUCCGCUGGGGCCUGGUUACAAAGGUAGGGGAGACCGAAAAACCAGUAUCUACCACUGGGGGGUGGUUACAAGGUUUUGGAGCGCAAAGCCCAGUCAUCUACCACUGGGGCCUGGUUAAAGGUAGGAACCAAACCCACUCUACCCCGGGGGCCGGUUAAAAUAGGGGAGCAAAAACCCUCACUACCACUGGGGCCUGGUACAAGGGAGGGGAGACGAAAGCCCAGUUCUCCAGCUGGGGCCGGUUCCAGGUAGGGAACGCAAAAACCCGUCAUCUACCAGCUGGGGGGUGGUUACAAGGUAGGAGACCAAAACCCAUCAUCCACCCCUGGGGCCUUUACAAGGGAGGGGAACGCAAAGCCCCCUCAUCUACCACUGGGGCCCUGGUUCAAGGUAGGGAGACGGGAAAGCCCCUCCCUCUCCAGGGGGGCCUGGUUACAAGUGGGAGACGCAAGCCCAGUCUCUACCGCUGGGCCUGGUUUCAAGGAGGGGGGGCGCAAACCCUCAUUACCAGUGGGGGCCUGGUUACAAGGUAGGGAGACGCAAAGCCCAGUCAUCUACCAGCUGGGGCCUGGUUACAAGGUAGGGAGACGCAAAGCCCAGUCAUCUACCAGCUGGGGCCUGGUUACAAGGUAGGGAGACGCAAAGCCCAGUCAUCUACCAGCUGGGGCCUGGUUACAAGGUAGGGAGAGCAAAGCCCAGUCAUCUACCAGCUGGGGCCUGGUUACAAGGUAGGGAGACGCAAAGCCCAGUCAUCUACCAGCUGGGGCCUGGUUACAAGGUAGGGAGACGCAAAGCCCAGUCAUCUACCAGCUGGGGCCUGGUUACAAGGUAGGGAGACGCAAAGCCCAGUCAUCUACCAAGCUGGGGCCUGGUUACAAGGUAGGGAGACGCAAAAGCCCAGUCAUAUACCAGCUGGGGCCUGGUUACAGGGUAGGGAGACGCAAAGCCCAGUCAUCUACCAGCUGGGGCCUGGGUUACAAGGUAGGGGAGACGCAAAAGCCCAGUCAUCUACCAGUGGGGCCUGGUUUACCAAGGUAGGGAGACGCAAAGCCCAGUCAUCUACCAGCUGGGCCCUGGUUACUGGGGGACCAAAACCCCGUAUCACACCCGCUGGGGCCUGUUACAAGGGAGGGAGACGCAAAACCCGUCAUCCCAGUGGGGCCCCUUUUUUUCAAAAAAAAAGCCCAUCAACACCCUUGGGCGGACAAGGAGGAAAACGCCCCCAAACCCCCCCCACACCAGCGGGGGGGUGGUUUUGGGGGAAAAAGGGAAACCCGCGUCAAAAUUUUUAAAUCACAAAAACUUCCAAAUUUAAAUUUGGAUCCCCUUAUCAAAAAGGAAGGCUUCCUAUCCUUUAGGGUUUCAUUUUUUACCCCUUUUUCCUACAAUUAUUUAAAAUUAUUCUCGACCUCACAAUUUUAAAACAACGAAAAAACCUUAAAAAUUCCUUCCCCGGAAAACCUUCCCCCCCCUUGCCCCUUUUAGGGGCCUUUUGGUUCCUUUUCAAAACCCCCCCGAACGGGGUGGGAAAAAAAGGGGGGGGUUCCCCCCCAAGGGAAAAAUUGGGGCCUGGUUACAAGGUAGGGAGACGCAAAGCCCAGCCAUCUACCAGCUGGGGCCUGGUUACAAGGUAGGGAGACGCAAAGCCCAGUCGUCAUGCAGUAUUCAGUAGUCACACUACUCCAAAAUGCCAUGCCAUUUGGAUACCCCAUAUAUCAAAAAAGGAAGGUCUGCACUCAUCAAUUUGAGGUGAAACAUUUAUUUAUCUUCCUUCUUUCUCAUAUCAUGGAUUAUUUAAAAAAUAUAUAUACUACAGACUAUCACUAGUAGUGUGUAAUGUUUAAACUGAACAGAAAAAUAUACACGUAUAAGAAAGUCACUCCUUCCUGUUAAUUGAUUUGACCUCUCCACUUUCUCUCUGCCGUCUCUCUCAGGGCACGUUCAAGUACAAGGCUGAGAGUGACCUCCUGUUUGCUGAGCACCACAAAACCCUGCUAUACGACGGCAAGCUGUCCUCCUGCAUCUCCUUCUCCUACAACCCCCGCGCCACCGACGCUCAGCUGUGCCUGGAGUCCUCCCCCAAGGAUAACGCCUCCAUCUUUGUCCACUCGCCACAUGCACUCAUGCUGCAGGUACGGACACACACAGACGCAGACAUAAACGCACACACACACAAACACACACACAGGCUAUUCUUAUCCCUUACUCAGGUGCUUCAGCCACUUGUUCCACACACCUCAUGGGGACCUAACAUUUAUUUCCAUUCAAAAUCCUAUUUUCUCUGACCCCUAACCUUAACCUUAACCUUAACCCUAACCCGUAACCCAAACCUUAAACCCUAAUUCCUUACCCUAAACCUAACCGCUAAGCUUAAAAUAGCCUUUGUCCUCAUGGCGACGUGGGAAAAGUCCCCACGAGGGAGAAUUUUCCUUGUUUUACUGUCCUUGUGGGGACUUUUGGGGAUUUUAGGUCCCCACAAGUAUAGAAGAACCAACACCCACACACACACACACACACACACACACCCCCACACACACACACAGAUAAUGAAGCACCUCCAUCAGGCUCUAUCUACUUCAUAAGUGUCUCAUUAAAGGAAAGGUUCACCCAUUUUGAAUGUUAUAUUGUUUUUGUGAACCUCUGAGUGAUGUUCUAUCGAUUCCCUGGGUCAUUUCAUGUUUUCAUGUGUAUCUGAGUUAUUGGCGUUCAAGCAGGCAGAAAUCCGGCCGCUAUGACGUAGCACUGUGAUAAAGUCGCUCUCACUACACUGGAAGUGAAUAGGAAUACGACUUUUAGAUCACGAAAACGUCUAUCAUACAUGUCAGAUUUCCAUAACGAUUUUCCAUGUUUUACCAACCUUAUUAUAACACCAAAAUGAAACAUUUGUUCACAAAAAAUAUUGUUCUCACAUAUUAGUGUUAUUUAAUACUGAAUUAAAGGAAUGAGUGGGUUUGGGUGGAUUUUUCCUUUAAGAUAGAGGUGAGAAUGACUUGACAGAACCACACUGCACCUGGCUGGCUAGCAGGCUGGGAACAGAACACUACCCUGUUCUAUUACAGAAUUAGAUCUGCAUAGCAGUCGUUUCUUUAUUGAACCAAGGUGGUGUUUCCUGAGAGUUUUUUCUUUAAGCACUUUAUUAUAUUAUACAGUACUUUAUUUGACCUUGUAGUUACUGAGGAUGAUGAGUUAAUGUUCUGGUGGCUACUUGUUACCAUGUCAAUUCUAGGUAGCAACAACUAGAUGACAAGUAUUGUAAUGAAAGUGCCUCAGAAACAUCUUUCUCUCAUUCAAAAUCCACAUUUUACUUUCCUUAUCACAGAAGGUCAUCUGCACGCCUGAUUAAAUGCACAUUAGGAAGACCUUGUCAGCCCACACACACACACACACACACACACACACACACACACACACACACACACACACACACAGCUGUCCUUUUUAUUUAAUUACUUUGAAUUCUCUCUCACUGUAAUUGAGUUCUGUCUGAGCCUCACAGCGCGUUCAGUCAACGCAUGAGCUCCUUUGUCUUUCUGAGGCAGCCUGUAUGUUUGUACACACACACACACACACACACACACACACACACACACACACACACACACACACACACACACACACACACACACACACACACACAGACCCCCUUGCCUAUAGAAUAAUAAUUUCCUAUAUUAUCCCUUGGUCCCGCCCUCUAUUUAGGUCAACAUGCUCAGUAUUUGUUAGCACAUUGUUACAGUCUUACAUGCAUGGACAUGUCUGUGUAGGUUAGUGUCCUCUACAUAUGUGUUCACAAUGACUAAUGGCUUGUUUAGGAAGUAUGGCAGACCGAACCGUAAACGCAUGAGAAAAGGGCUUGCUCAUAAUAGCUGAUUUUGCUACUGUGGGAUCUGACAAUAAGAAACACCGAAAAUAUUCUACCCACGGAACUCAUUUAGCAAAACCCUCAUCAGGGUAAACAGACUAGACACCUGAGCCAUGUCGCCUCGGAGACUAACUCAUCGUCACGGUAACGAUCCCGCCACUCAGCCCAUCACCGUUAGCGACAGGUGUAAUAGUGCUGUAAAGGAGACAGAUGUUCAGAGGAGUUAUACUGUGUUUUCAACACCACACCAGAUGUACAAGGGAGAAAUGUGACACCGCCUCCAAUCAGCAUUGUUUGCCACAUGAGACAAAAGCAGAAACAGCCUUGGUCUACAGUCCAUAUGGUUCUGAUGGGGUUCUGAUUCUCCUGUAUUUCACACUUCAAAAGUAUUGCACUCUAUUUCUACUCCUGAUCAUUGUGUAUGUAUUCCUCACUUCUUCAGGAUGUGAAGGCGGUGGUUACCCACUCUGUUCAGAGUGCCAUCCACUCCAUCGGGGGAGUGCAGGUCCUCUUCCCCCUGUUUGCACAGCUGGAUCACCUCCAGCACACCAGCGAUGAACUGGACACCUCUGUCUGGUAGUGGACUACUGUCUUUUGAUUGAUCGAUCGAUUGAUUGACUUUAUUACAUUAUUUUAAAUACUCUACACAUCCAUAUGUAGCCAUGUCACUUGUAGGGAGCGUUACCUUUCACAUAAGAAAACAGUUCAUUCUUUUUCCAAACUAACAUCUAUUGAUUUCAGGGAUAAGGAAAAACUGCAUUCUGUUGGUGGGGCUGAACUCACCUGCAGUCUAGAGUAUUUUGAUUUCACUCAGUAGAAGUUGUUUUGUUAAUUCAAUGGAUUCAACCAUGCAUGAUGGCAGCGCAAAUGGCAUGCAUAAUGUUGUCUUGUCCUACUCACUAAACCUGGAUACCGGUUUUGAAUACUAGUGCCCCUAGGCCUUGAGUAAGGUUCUCAAUAAUGGCUUUGUGGCUUUUAUCUGAAUGUGUUCUCAUGGUAGAAUGGUAGAAUGGUGACACCCUCAUUAUAUUAGACAAUAGCUAUAGGAUAUGUUCUCUCUCUCUCAUUCUCUCUCUCUCUCUCUCUCUCCAGUUGCACUUUGCUGUCCUUUGUGAUGGAGCUGCUGAAGAACUCUGUGGCUAUGCAAGAGCAGGUCCUGGCCUGCAAGGGCUUUCUGGUCAUCGGCUACACUCUGGAGAAGGUGAGAGACGUGAUCCACACACCACCACCCCUCGCCAGAGACACAUUCACACUCUGCAAUCUUCCUCUCUCCUGACCUAAUUGCUGUUCUGUGCUGAAAUUGAAAGGUGGAUAAUAUCCUGGCUGGCUGAUUUCCCAGCACUCUGUCCAUUACAUCAGAGAGGAACAGAUAUUGAACUGUCUGUCCUUCAGCCUCAGUGCUGUGGCCUCCAAUUCCAUACUGCAUUUGUCUGUUCUGAGACCAGUGCUAAACGCCCCUACAUCUGGUAGCUUGUUGAUUGUGUCUGUGUGCGCGCGUGUGUGUGGUCCGGUAUAUAGGUGACACUAAAAGUCCAUUUACAUCUAAGGCCCUAAUUGCUUUUUCCCCCCUUAGCUGCAUUUAGAGGUCACAGCUGACAGUGGGCUUGUUAGACAGAGAGUUGACCUGAUUCACCUUUCUCUCUGUAUGUAUCCUCUCCUCCCUCCCUCCCUCCCUCCCUCCCUCCUCUGUAGUCUUCCAAGGUGCAUGUGACUCGGUCCGUGCUGGACAUCGUGCUGGCCUUUGCCCGUUACCUCAGCAACCUGCAGAACGGCGUCCUGCUGCUCAAGCAGCUGUGUGACCACAUCCUGUUCAACCCUGCCAUCUGGAUCCAUGCCCCCGCCAAGGUAAGAGAGGAGAGGGACACGUACAGGCACACACAUGUGCAGGCAGGUAGACACAUGCACGGUGACACACAGUCAAGGACACAGUUGUGCAGGCAGGUAGGCACAUGCAUGGUGACACACAGUCAAGCAGGCAGGUAGACACAUGCACUGUGACACACAGUCAAGGACAGAGUUGUGCAGGCAGGUAGACAUGCAUGGUGACACACAGUCAAGGACAGAGUUGUGCAGGCAGGUAGGCACAUGCAUGGUGACACACAGUCAAGGACAGAGUUGUGCAGGCAGGUAGGCACAUGCAUGGUGACACACAGUCAAGGACAGAGUUGUGCAGGCAGGUAGGCACAUGCAUGGUGACACACAGUCAAGCAGGCAGGUAGACACAUGCACUGUGACACACAGUCAAGGACAGAGUUGUGCAGGCAGGUAGACACAUGCAUGGUGACACACAGUCAAGGACAGAGUUGUGCAGGCAGGUAGGCACAUGCAUGGUGACACACAGUCAAGCAGGCAGGUAGACACAUGCACGGUGACACACAGUCAAGGACACAGUUGUGCAGGCAGGUAGGCACAUGCAUGGUGACACACAGUCAAGGACAGAGUUGUGCAGGCAGGUAGACAUGCACGGUGACACACAGUCAAGGACAGAGUUGUGCAGGCAGGUAGGCACAUGCAUGGUGACACACAGUCAAGCAGGCAGGUAGACACAUGCACGGUGACACACAGUCAAGGACACAGUUGUGCAGGCAGGUAGGCACAUGCAUGGUGACACACAGUCAAGGACAGAGUUGUGCAGGCAGGUAGGCACAUGCAUGGUGACACACAGUCAAGCAGGCAGGUAGACACAUGCACGGUGACACACAGUCAAGGACACAGUUGUGCAGGCAGGUAGACACAUGCAUGGUGACACACAGUCAAGGACACAGUUGUGCAGGCAGGUAGACACAUGAAGGCACACACAAAUGCACGGACAAAUGUGACGUGCAGACACACACACACACACACACACACACACACACACACACACACACCUCUGUCCAUCCCACCAUCACCCUUUCAUACUCUCGUCCUUGUACCUCUCCUCCCGUACAUGAGAGCUACAGGCCACCAUUCAGUAGGUUAGGCUACUGUACAGACCUCCACCUGUGCCUGCUAUUGAACCAGGAAGUGCGUGUCUAAAUACCCUUAUGGGCUUACAACACUCCAGUUAACAUCAGCAUGGCAGCCCUUCACACACUGACAUUGGAUUUUAUUUCUGCCUCACCUCAUGCUGUGUUUUUAAAGUGUGUGUGUCCUUACGUGUGUGUGUGUGUGUGUGUGUUCCCAACAUGUGUAUGUGUGUUCCUAAUGUGUGUGUGUGUGUGCAUUCACCCCCCCCCCAGGUGCAGUUGACAUUGUACACCUACCUGUCGACCGAGUUCAUCAGCACGGUGACCAUCUACAACGCCAUCCGCAGGGUGGGCACGGUACUGCAGGUCAUGCACACGCUCAAGUACUACUACUGGGUCGUCAACCCCCAGGACCGCAGCGGAGUCACGCCCAAGGGCCUCGGUAAGAGAACACAGACACAGGAGCACGUGGACACAGGAGUAGACACACAUGCCUCCCUACACACACACAUAAACACACACCGCACUCUUUCAUAUUUCCACUAACACACACUUUUCUACACACACUGACACAGACGGAUACCUCCCCUCCUCUCCUCCCCCUAGACUAGUGUUGCUGUAGUGUUGGCAUGGAAGUAGAGCAGCACACUACUUUUAUUGAGUGAAACUGGGUCCUUCAUCCAGUCCUUUGUGUCCCCUGCAGAAUGUGCUUUCCUGUCCUUCUUGUACCUCUAUGUUGUCUGCUAAACCUAGAAUAAAUAUGUUGUAUUGUCUACCUACAGCUGUGAGCUCUGCAUGGCAUCCUAAAUCAAAUCCUUUUGAAAAUGACUUUGUCCCUGCGUGUCUGUGUGUGUUUGUCUGUGUUUGUCGUUGUGCGUGUAGACGGUCCGAGACCCAAUCAGAAGGAGAUCCACUCCCUCAGAGCUUUUCUGCUGCUGUUUGUGAAACAACUCAUAAUGAAGGUUAGUGUGUGGCUGGUUUAUGCUUUGUUAUAUAAUGAGAAUCUCGUUUGAUUCAAAACAAAUAUUCCAGCUAAUAUUUCACCUUUUACACCUAAUGUUAAUAUACAAUAAAUAUGAUCGGUGAAAAGUUUGAUUUAUAUUCUGUACUAUCUAUUUUCAGGAUUACGGAGUGAAGGAAGAUGAGCUUCAGAGUAUUCUCAACUACCUGCUCACCAUGCAUGAGGUUAGAACAAAAAGAUCAUUAGAAAAUAUCAACUACCCACUAGGUGGCACUCUAAGCCAACAGCUCCGGCUCCUUCCUUCCAGAUCCUCUCUGCUCUAUACUAUGGAUAGACCGACCAAUCACACUGGGCCGGGGAAACGACAAGGCUCUUUUUAACCGUUGCAAAGUUUCACCAUGCCCUCCCUCACAGAAGCCUCUGGGUUUACACUGCAGUGAUGCAUAGAGAAAUAAUAGUGCUGUAAACCAAGCAGGAAUAAUCCCUGCAGGAACAAGGGGGAUUUCCGCUGUCCUUCAGGGGUUCCACAGUCUUUUAUGGAUUGUUCAUUCAUCAGAUGAUUCCAUUGUUUCCGUUUAUUAUUCAUUCCAUCAAUAUUUGUUGUCAAUGAUGAAUUAUCUUUUUCCGUAGCGACCAUUACUAAACGCGAUGGAAGUUGUGCGCUGGUUUGAUCUUUGAUGUCGUGUGUCACCAAUUAAUCAAUAAUUAAUGCGAAAAUAAACAGUAUUAAUUAUUGCACUUACAUGAUCAAUGCCUGUGUUUGUGGCGCACUCUAUCUGCAUGCAUGUGGGUGUCUGUAAUGUAGUGUGUGUUUUGGAGUCUGCUUCAUGAUGAUACAUGAUGUAUCAGCACACCCACUAGCCAGACUAUUCAUCUCUCAUUGGGUUGAAAGGCGAUGCUAAUUGUGAGCUCAUUAGCGCGCGCGCGCACACACACACACACACACACACACACACACACACACACACUCUUUAUCAUAUUGUUAAUAAUGCUAACAACAGAGCCUCCUCCGGGCCCCCUCCCUCCUGCACCCCCCGAUCUGAUUAAUUCAAUUCAGUACAACUUUAUUUAUUUUCCCAGGACGACAAUCUAAUAGAUGUGCUUCAGCUGCUGGUGGCUCUGAUGUCGGAGCAUCCUGGCUCCAUGAUCCAGGCCUUUGAUCAGCGCAACGGAAUACGGUAGGCUUAGGAAUAGAAUGACCCCACCACCCAUCAUGGAACUUCAAUGGGGAUGCCCGUUCUAGUCAUUUGACUUCUAUGACAGUACUGUAACUGUAACGUCAUCUCCCUCUGGGUUUGCCAUCUCCCAUGGCAACGGGUGGCACAUACUCCACCACAGGCCCUGCGGCCUCGGUGUCUGAGAACAAGAUCGUUGUGACGUUAGCCUACUUCCUGUGUGCCUUCGAAAUGGUACCCUCUUACAUUUGUAGUGCCAGAGACGGUACCCUAUUUCCUGUAUAAUAGUGCACUACUUUUAACCAGAGGCUAUAAAGGGAAUAGGUUUCCAUUUCAGAUGCAGCCUUAUGGUUCUGUCUGUGUUUCAUGAAGCCAAAAUGAAGCCAGAUGACACUGAGGCCAAUAAAGACGCUUUACUGGCUUCAUUUGAUCCUUUAUCUGCAGGACUAUUGACAUUCAGCGACGACGGCACACAAGAUUUGUCUAGCUUAUUUAGUCACCUUGUUUGCGUUCCCUGUCACAGGGGGUUAAACGUAGUGUAUUAACCAUGCAUGUCUGGGCUGGUGUCGGAUAUAGUCCCACUCAUAAAGGCUUCAGGCAAACUUUGUCUGAUGCACAUUUUGGGUGCCUUCUCAUUUUUCUUGCCACUCAUGAAGGCUCCAACCGCCUCUAUUUUACAACCAAAGUAGAUGUCCUAUACAACUGUAUACUAGGUUCACAAAGCAGAUAUGAUCUGUAAUGAAAUGAUUCUGUAAAUGUUUGGUUCUGAUACACUCUUUUAGGUUUUAUAGUUUGAGAUACUGUUACAUUUGCUUAAAUAUGUGAUGUUUGUUAUUCAUGUAUUUUUCUUUGUUUCUGUACAGGGCCAUUUACAAGCUGCUGGCUUCCAACAGUGAAGGAAUCAGAGUUCAGGCGCUCAAAGUCUUGGGCUACUUCCUCAAGCACUUGCCCGCUAAGUAAGAACUCUAAUAUGUUGGUUGCACUUACCUUGUACUCAUGUCUGUAGGAUAUUAUUAAGAAUUGUCCAUACGUUCAGUCACAUAAAAGCACCAAAUUCUGCCUUGGACAUUAAAAGUAUAUUUAUUCCAGAUUAAAGAAGGACUCAGUUUGGCUCAGUCAUUUAUGUAAUACUUCCUAUUCUAUAGUAAUUUACCCGUAGGCAGCCAAAAGGGUUUUCAAUUCAAAAUGGCCUCUCCUCAGUUGUAUAUUAUAAGAGCCAAAUCCCAUCAUGGAGCUGAGUAUCUACAGAGAAAAGGGUCUCAUUCAGGUGGAGGUCGAUAUCUAAUCUUCUUUCAGCCUGCAUACUGUAGUAAAAGGAAUAGCUGGUAUUAAAUACCUUUCUAAAUCUCGCUCUCUGGAGAGUAAAUUGCCUCUAGUUGUGUAGAAGUGUUUAUAUAACAAAUUAGCCACUCGUAAGUCUCCUUUGGUUCAGCGAACAAUUAAGAUCGCUGUCAGAGUUUAAAGAAAACAACCCAGGAUGAAAUACAGUGCAGGGCUCAUUGAGGCUCUAUUUCCAAUUUUACUGAUUCCCUUUUGAUCUCCCACACUUUUGAUCAGUGUUAGUGCAUAUGUCUUCUGCCUCAGCCCCAGCCCCAGCCUCAGCCUCAGCCUCAGCCUCAGCCCCAGCCUCAGCCCCAGCCUCAUCCCCAGUCUCAGUGGCCCCCCCCAAAAACAUUUUUUAACUAUUUUUUUGUUGUUGUUGUUGAAGGAUCUCAGUCCAGCUUUCAACUUUAGUCUUGAAAGUUGUAAUAGUAGAAUGCACAAGGUGCAAUUUCUAAAUUGGGUAGUGCAUCAUCAGUUCCUCUUGUCAUGUUAGUCAUUGCAUACCUUAGAGAGCUAUUUAUAACUUGUCAGAAAUGUCCAGAUCAACUAGCCCUUGUCAGCAAACAUUUUUUUAGCUAGGUUUUUUAGCCCAUAGAUUUUGUUGUAAUGUUUGAGUCACUCAAAUAUCACAUGAAUACACAUUAGACAUGCUUUAAAACUGCAACAUUUGAUCGGCACCCCAUGAUUUUUUUUGGGUAGAAUUGCAGGAAAUACGCUUUACAUCUGCAAAAUGUUCUCUCCACCAACAAGAGGGGACUGAACAGUUUGUGUCAUAAACAGUGCUUGUGCCCAUAGAAAUAGAUGUGGGGCAUGCAUGCGUGAGUCAUGUAGAGGAUGUUCCGUAAUGCUGGAAGGGGGGCCUGAGGGAAAAAGUUUGGGAACCCCUGUCUUAGACAGUCAGACUCUCUGCUGUCUGACUAUAGCACCUUUAUCAUCCCAAAAUAUUUACAGAUGAACAGUACUCAGAGAUGAAAGCUCUGAGGGAUACUUGUCUUUGAAGGGUCCUGACAAGCCUCUGCAGGGGUGCUUUUCUCAUAUCUUUCAACUGUGUUCAAGUGUGUUCUGAAGCACUGGUAAGCUUACACAAGCGGUGGUUCACAAACCAUUUCCUUUGUCAGUCCUCAACCAACGUAUUCACAAGGAUUUUUCUAUAUAUUUGCUGCCGGAUUUGACCGACAACCCAAAAUGGAAUAUGUACGGCCCACCAUUUUGGAAACAUUGCUUGCUAUACCAUACAAUGGUGCCAGGUAACGCUUUUGUGAAUUUAUAGGUAACUGUCUAGUUAACAUUUUUGCAUGGAAUUAAGUGCGACCUGAUACACUGAUCCAGUAUGUGUGGAUACGGUGAUCAAUGCGCUGUUACCAAAUGUCAAUGGAUUCUCACUGACUGUUUGACCCUUGAUCUUUGUUCCAGGAGGAAGUCAGAGGUCAUGCUGGGUCACGGCCUCUUCUCCUUGCUCAACGAGCGACUGAUGCUCCACUCCAACCAGUUCAGCAUGACAACCUACAACGUGCUCUUCGAGGUCAGUUAGUCCCUCUCUCAUCUCUUCCUAGCCGUGUAUGUGUAGGAGAGUCUAUAAGAAAUGUAUGUGUAGGAGAGUCUAUAAGAAAAUGUAGUAGUUGACAUACGAAGCUAGUUUCUCUUUGCCUCCCCCAUAAAAAAUCCUCAUACUAACACCCUCCAUUUUGUAUUUGCAUUGGCUGAUGAUUUCCGUCACUGUAUUAGUUCAAUUAUACAUGCACUGAUUACACAUGAAUUAAUUCUGAAUACACAUUAUUUAGAUUCAAAGUGUGUUUUCUGAAUUAUUGAAUGCUUUUAUAGUUUUUUUGAUUUAAUUGUAUAGAACGUGUAGUUAAACUCUAGUUUUACUGUGGCUUGCAUCAGCUCUAGCUAUUCUCCUUCUGUCUGGACCUAAAUAGCAUAUCACCUCUGAAAACAUUGCAGUCCAUUUUGAAGCAUGAGGUACUAUUAUUACCCAUUGGUAAUACCUUUAAUGUGUACUGUAUGUUCCUUAACUCAAAUGAUGGUAGUUUAUGUUAAUGUUCCUAUGUUAUAAUGGCGUACCGAGACUUUUAAUGGACAUAUGCAGUAAUGUACACUAUAUUAAACUCCACAGGAAUCAUGGACUGGUUGUAUCUGGCCUUGGAAACGACAUAUUUUGACACCUAGGAAUAUAUGGGAUUGUCAAGACAAUGUAUUCCUCCCCUGCUGUUACUGUGAAAUAAUGACGUCUUUACGAUUCGGCACUGAUUCUUGUUACCUAUUUCUCUGUAAAGACUUGAUGAACACAUACGAACAUAUGUGGAUUUCUAUAUGGCCCAAUGUACCUCUUCCCUGGUGCUGUUAGUAUGAGAUAUAGAUGUGUAAAAGUAUUUAUAUACCUCUUCUUUCUCCCUCUCCCUCGUCUUGUGUAGAUCCUGGUUGAACUGAAUACGUAUGAUUGUGGAAUUGCAAUGGGGAACUCAUGUACUUCUUGGUGCUGUUACUAUGAGCUAUAGAUUCACAUAAAAGUAUUUAUGGGUCUUCUGUAUUUCUCCCUCUCCUCUCCUUUCCUCCCCGUUUCUCUUCUCUCUUUCUCUCCUUCUCUGUAGAUCCUGACCGAGCAGAUCUGCACCCAAGUGAUCCAUAAACAGCAUCCGGACCCUGACUCCACUGUGAAGAUUCUCAACCCGCGUGAGUCACCCCUCGGCACCGCACAGCACCCCCUCCGUACCCCUCUGCACCCCACCACUAAAUAAAUCACCUUUACCUACUGCUGCAUGCUUGACCAGACCUAGAGAGCCUCCUCUCCCUUACGACCGGUGCCAGUUAUAUACUGGCCAACAAAUAUGGAGCAUAGUUUGUAGGCUACAUAUCUACACUACUCAAGCGGUAAGUGAUCAUAUAUGGUUAGACGAAUAGUGGUCGUGUUGGGCUAUAAGAUUCAACUGCUACAUUUUAAGUCAAUCAUUUUUAUGAAAAUGCUAUUAAAAAGAGUAGCUAUUGAGAAAAGAAGCUACAUAAACAUAAUUAAAUGAUAACUGGAAAUUAUAUUGCGAUAGUAUAUUUUUUAAAUAAUGUAUCGCAGCAAAGUAAAGUUGUGAAAUAUCAAUUUUAUUCAGUUGACGUUCACACAACAGCUGAAGUGGAACUGAAUAAAAUGAGUGCAUCGUUAAAGAGCUCAUGAAAUCAACACCAGGCCUCGCAGCAUUAUGCACAAACAUAAUAGUUCCUAGUUUUGAAACUCAACUGUCAUUUUUCAAAAGUAGAUCUUUGGUCCAUCCGGGAAAUGAUGCAACAAACAAUCUUAGAUGUCAACUUAGUAUUUCAUCAAGUUGAUAUACAAUGGCAUUAUUUAGUCUUUUUAAUAAGAGUUUAGAGAAAGAGGAAUUUAUACUUCAAAAUUUACCUCACAGACCAUUUUACAGUUUUUCUUGGCAAUUAGAAACAUUUCAAAUGAUUUUUGAAUUAUGACCCUGUCUUCUGCAAAGGGGUUCUCAUUUGAUGUUUACCUUUUUAAUAUUCCGAUAAUGUGCACAUACAGUAAUUUAAAGUAAUACUCCCAGAGACUAGCCAUUUUCCUUUACUACCGGGGGCAUAUUUUUAUAUACAUGCCUCAUUAAGAGGGAAAACGUUCAUGCUUAGUUUCUGUAUGAUGCAACGUAACAAGCUCAUAGCAACCCCAUUGAUCAAAGCAAUGUACUUGUCUCAUCCUGUCCUAGUCUAGUAUUUUCAGACCAUUACUUACCUCUAAUUUCACGUCAGCUCUCAAAACCUUUUCAUAUGUGGGAGAAUCAACUUCCUCAGCUGUGGCGGAGAGGGGGGAAAAAACGGAGUCAGGCUGAAAUCACAACCCGAGGAUUACUUUAUCCCUGCUCUAAUCUUACAGUUAAACUUCAUAGUGUGUGUGUGUGUUCCACAUCUCAUAGCCACACAUUGAUUAGCAUAGGCCCUUCACUGUGUUAAAGGCAUCCAGUCGUGUGCUGCAUAAAACACAAAGAGACAGUCCAAUGUGCUUUUUGCAUGUGAACUGAACACACUUUAUGGGAGUUGUAAGCAAUGGGAGCACCGUGGAGUCUGUUUCUCCUUUACCGUAGCUGCCUGCGUUCUGUUCUUGAUGUUAUCUGCUCUGAAGCCUCAAAAUGGGCCUGAUUGCAGUCUUUAGUAACGUCAGAGCGAAUCAAACAAACUAAGGAAGUACCGUUUCCCUUAAAUUAACUCCAUGGAAAGAAACCACGACCAAAUGGGGGAAAAGACCCCAUACUUCCCUCCCUCCAUCCCCCAGUAACAUGCAGAGGUAAUUUUCUGGCAGUGAGAGUUCAGCGAUUCAUAAUUUGAUUGACUAAGGCUUAUAGAAACAACAUAAACGUCUGUGCUGCGAGGGGGCCUCGUUGGUUACCAUCGGUUACCGGCAAGGUCCAAGACGGCAAAGUGAAAUCAUAAACCCCCCCCCCCCUUCCCGACUCAAGCUAAAUGGACACUGACAUUGUCUAUAUAAUUCAUCUAAACAGGCAGUCUCUUUAGGUUAAUCAAACAAAGGGUUCCAGGAAGCCUGCAUAUGACUUUGGCGCACGCGGUACACAAACACACAAACACAGACAUACACACACACUGUUGCACAAACACACACAAGUGUACGCAGGCACACACAGACACACACACAGCUCUGAGUUUAAACAAUCCCAAACUUUGUUUGAUUGUUUCCACCACAAAAAUGUUGAAGUGUCUGCUGACAGUCAAAUCAAGAUGGCUUGUGACACAAUGAUUCACACAUGUUGAGAUUAAUUGUUUGAUUGUGUUGUUGAAUUGUGGUCUGACUCUUACUCCCUUCUUCUGCAGUUGAUUUGUUUCAUGGAACGUGUGUAUUCAUUCAAAAAUAUCAUUUUUUGGUGCAAUUUAGGAUAUACAAUUUGAAUCACUCAUAGGGAGUAAAAGUUUAUUAUACAGUAUAAAUAUUAGGAUAUUUUUAAAUGUUUAAAAGUCAGUAUUGUAGCAUGUCACUAUUUUCAAAACAAUCAGAAUUUAUUUACAUGAAUUCUCAGGUUCUGUCCCUUGCUUAACCACUUCUUAUUUGGUGAAUCAGUAUUAAAAAGUCCUUAUUUGAAUGAAGAUAUGAUAUUUUGACAGACAACACUCUGUUCUCUGCGUGCCUCUGCUGACCGUCUGUUCUGUACCAACCGUGUCAGUAACCCUGCCGUGAAAGUAGUGCGUCUGUGUCUACUAAACCGUGUCAGACACCGUAACGGUGCAUUAACAUAACGUGUUUUGCUGGGUUUUGACAGAGGUCCUGAAGGUGAUCGCUGCCCUGCUGAAGAACUCUCCCCUCUCCCCAGAGAGCAUGGAGGUGCGCAGGGUCUUCCUGUCAGACAUGAUCAAACUGUUCAAUAACAGCAAAGAUAACAGGAGGUAAGGAACGUCUCAGCCCUGGAGUGGACUACACUACAAUAGACUACCACUAAACAAGAACUGGGUUCAAAUAGUAUUUGAAAUCUUUCAAAAACAUUGAGUUUGCUUGAGCCCGCCUGGAGUGCCAGGUGGGCGGGGUUUUGCAGUUUUGUGACUAUUCCAUUGGAUCAGUUGCUCCAGACAAGCUCAAUCAAUCCACUCUAGGGAGUAUUUGAAAGGAAACAAAUACUAUUUGAAGCCAGGUCUGAGCCCUAGUUCCUCAUGCUGGCGCCAUGCUGGGGCUUUACUGGGGUGAGGCCAACAAGCUUUGUCUUUCGUAUGCUCAGAGUACAGGACGUUUUGAAGAUGUGUAUCCUUUUGUGAUAUUGUUUAUCUGUACACUACAUGAGUGCGCUGUGUAUGUAGAAUUGUUUUCAAAUGUUUGUGUGUUUGCACGCACAUACUGUACUGAGUCUUCAGUGCGCUAAUAUCUGUGUGUGUGUGUGUGUGUCUAUCAGGAGCCUGCUGCAGUGCUCUGUGUGGCAAGAUUGGAUGCUCUCUCUGUGCUUCAUCAACCCCAAGAGCAGCGAGGAGCAGAAGGUCACUGAGAUGGUGUACGCCAUCUUCCGCAUCCUGCUCUACCACGCCAUCAAGUACGAGUGGGGCGGCUGGCGCGUGUGGGUGGACACCCUGUCCAUCACCCACUCCAAGGUCAGAGAGCUCAUUAACCCCCUCAGACGGUCAACCAAACUCUGCCACACGGAGAGACGCAGGGCUUCUGGAUCUUGCUCUUCCAAUCUCUCCUUCUUUUUUUAGCUACAUUCUUUUCUCUUUUUCAUUAUUUUGUGAACACUCUCUCUCUCUCUCUCUCUCUCUCUCUCUCUCUCUCUCUCUCUCUCUCUCUCUCUCUCUCUCUCUCUCUCUCUCUCUCUCUCUCUCUCUCUCUCUCUCUCUCUCUCUCUCCCGCUCCUCUUACUUUCUCUCUCUUUCUUUAGCACUCUGAAAUGAGACUCCACUCACCUCGCUGCCCUUUCUCUUACCUCAGCUUCUGGAGGGCGCUCAGACGUCAAGAUCUAUCUCAAGUCUCUAUCCAACCAGUCAGGGCCUUCCUUGUUUAAGUUUGAUCCUGACAUAAUAACAGUCUCACCCUAUAAGCUACCAGAGGAAAUAUCCAAAGAUCCCUGCUAGCCUUAAUGACCCACUCAUAGUGAUAGUGACUGACUAACAGAGAACUGCCUCUCUCGGUGCCCAUCAGAUCUAGCCUGGUGGAAAUCUUGUGCUGAUUAUGAUGUAAGAACUACAGUUUGCUGGCUUAUUGGAAUCAGUUAUUUUCCCUCUUCCAUCCCUUCCAGUCAUUUAUUUAUGUAUUGAGUUUCCCUCCCUUUAGUUAAACAUAAGCUACCAGCACUUCUUAUUUCAGAAACUCCAUUUUAAAAAGGCUGUUUAAAAAUGAAUUGUUGAUAUUGGAUUACAGAGCCAGGUUCCAAGGCAGUGAAGUAAUUUGGUCGGAGUCGGAUUGUGGUCUGGGGUGGUUUCUAAAGCUUGGGAGAUUGGUGGUUGGUUGAGGGAAACAAGGCUAUUUUUGUGUUGAGGUGGAUGUCUAUGGAGUUCUGAGGAUGUAGUGAUGGAGAAAGGCCACAAGGGGGCACAGUUACACCAUUUGGCUCUGUUUCUCUCCUUUUCUCAGGACUGGGGUUGGUUGGCUUGGUUACACUGUAUUUGCUAGUCCAAAAGCUCUCGACCUCAACAUUUACGUACCCCACCUCAGCUCUGUCCGUGUGUAUCUAUCCUAAAGGUUGUAGGCGAAAAAAAAUGUUUGUGUAUCAUAUCUGACUGAAUGAGUUGUCAUAUCAUUGGUAAGGACAGUGCAGAGUAAAUAUGAAGCCGUGGAGAAAAAACAAAUAAAGCUACAAAGUGACAUCACCGCCAGUGCUGGCUAGACUGCUCCAAAUCAAUCUGCUGCCGUUUCUGCAUUUUUGCCUUGGACUUUCAUGUGGCUUAUCGUGACAGUCAUUUUUCAGUCAUUUCCUUUUUGUGAUGUAUUUUUGUACUAAAGCUUUUCAUAGAUAAAUGAUUGGGAGUAUUUAACUUCAGCUAAAACAUCAAAUCGCGAAUAUUGCUUUCUACACUGUAGAAUAUAACAGUAAAUACACAGCAUCUUAUUUAUUCAUGAGACCUUUAAAAAAAAAAAAUGUGUAUAGAUAUAUUGUAUAUUAAAGAAUCGUUUUGCAGAAACAUUACCCUUUAAAUUAGCUGGGAGCAGAUGUGAAUACACUUGUUAAAAGUCAUAGGCUUGUCCAAUUGACAUCAGUCCUAUGCAGUACAAAAUCAACCCAAAGUGACUGUUUAUUUGUAAGUAACACCUGGUGUAUUUAGGGUUGUGUGUCGCCCCGAGUUAUUGUUGUAGCACGUUUCACAAGGCCACAAUCACACGGUGUUCUGUAGUUUCACUUUACAACACUGCCAUACCAGCCGCUGUGCAAAAAAGUGUAUGUGUGUAAAGGAAUUGAUCAUUCUGUUCAGUACCGGACAGCUUGUACUUGCCUUUUCCCAUAAUUACACAAGAUUAAUGCUAUUGCUGCUUAGCUCUGUUUACAGUGCCCCAGCACUAAUCUAAAAACAGCACCACACACACACAUAUAGAGGGUCCCAUGCAGUCUUUGAAUUGGAUAGGUGCGCGGGCACUAGCCAUCCAGAUACAUGCAUCUGCUAUAAAUAAAUAAAAAAGCUGGAGAAACUCAAUUGCAAUUUUAUUGUCCGGUUUGAUAGAUUUCCUGCCACCUCUGUAGCAGCAGGGCUGUUUGUCACUGUUGCUCUCUCCUCCCACGGCUGCAGGGGGUGUGUGUGUGUGUGUGUGUGUGUGUGGUGUGUGUGUGUGUGUGUGUGUGUGUGUGUGUGUGGCUGCGGAGCUGUGUGUGUGUGUGUGUGUGUGGCUGCGGAGCUGUGUGUGUGUGUACCACUCUCUCCCUUUAGCACACAUACAUUUUCUCCUCCUUUGCUCUGAGGUUUCUAGAAACCGUAUUCUGAACGCAUUGAAUAUUCAUCCUUAGCUGCACCUCAACAAUCAGAGAAACAAGGCCUCAUCAAUUUAACCAGCCCACUGGGGGCAUCCUGAUAAAUACACCUUCAUAAAUAUCUACAUACUGUAUGCACACGUUCUCCUAUGCAUCCAAGUCUCUAUCCAUUUUAUUAUUCAUUGAUUUGCAAUUUGGAACACAUUGUGUACAUACCGCAAGUUAAAGGACGUGCCUCUGUUUCUUAGGUGAAUUUUAUGAAAAUUGCAUGAAUUCAUUUCCCACAAAAAUAACGUUGUUUUUAAGUCACAGGAUUUGUGAUUACAAUAUUACAUUUACACUGAAUCAUGUAUCACUGAUUUAUUAGUUACAUUAAAUACAAUUAAAUGACCUCUGCCAGAUGUAUUCUUCCUUCUCUUUGAGGAGAAGAGAGAGAGAGAGAGAGAGAGAGAGAGAGAGAGAGAGAGAGAGAGAGAGAGAGAGAGAAGAGACUAAGCAUAGAUAUAUGGAGCACUUGCAGGUGACUUCUAUGCUCACUUGACAUGAGACUCGCUGCAUAUCCUUCUCGCUGCUCGCGUGCUCUCGCUCUCUCCGCCCUCUCCACCCUUAGUUCAUUGACCAUCCUUUGUGUGUGUGUGCAGUCACAGUGCACGCCUGUGUGUAACUGGGGUGAGUGCACAUGUGUAUGAUGAAUGCACACAUUUCUGGAUGAAUGAACAAAUAUGUUAGUGUGUGUGUGUGUGUCCUUUAUCUGAGCCAGAGCAGCAGCAGGCUUUGUGAGGCAGUGUGAGCAGACCAGCAGAUGUUUCUGCAGGUGGGCCUGCUGCCACCACACACACACACAGUGCCUUUCUCCCAGCUCUGCACACAAAUGAGUUGGAUUUCUAAAACAGUCAUCAGUGUGUGAAGGACUCCAUACCCUUCAAGCUUCAACAGUCAGCUUCUCUGUAGUAUCCACCUUGUGAAAAUGAUGCCAUCAGACAAAGCGACAUUUGUGCAGGUGUGCUUGUAAAACAGAAAAAGCCAGAUGGGGUUUUCAGAUAUAGUCCUGUUUGAAUUGUCUAUUUGUAGUCUUUUAUUAGCUCAAUAACGGCGUCUACACAUUACAAACUAGCGUUAUGUUCCUGUGUGUUUACUCUAAUGUGUGCUCUAGAUCUCUACUAGCAGCAGCCCACAAGACAAAAGGGAAUAUGGAUCCAUAGUACAAAGCCUCCCAGUAUUGAGACACAACAUCUCUCUCUCUCUCCUCUCUCCUCUCUCUCUCUUCUCUCUCUCUCAUCUACUCUCUCUCUCUCUCUCUCCUCUCUCUCCGUCUCAUCUCGUCCUCUUCUCUCUCUCUCUCUCUCUCCCUCUCUCUCCUCUCUCUCUCUCUUCAUCCUCUUCUCUCUCUCUUCUUCUCUCCUCUCCUCCCCUCUCGUCUCUCUCAUCGCCUCCUUCCUGCCCGUCUCUCUCUCCCUCUCACCAGGCAUCGGUCAUCUCUCUCUCUCUCUCUCUCUCUCUCUAUUCAAUUUCAAUUUAAGGGCUUUAUUGGCAUGGGAAACGUAUGUUAACAUUGCCAAAGCAAGUGAAGUAGAUAGUAAACAAAAGUGAAAUAAACAAUAAAUAUUAACAGUAAACAUUACACUCAGAAGUUCCAAAAGAAUAAAGACAUUUCAAAUGUCAUAUUAUGUAUAUAUACAGUGUUGUAACAAUGUGCAAAUAGUUAAAGUACAAAUGGGAAAAUAAAUAAACAUAAAUAUGGGUUGUAUUUACAAUGGUGUUUGUUCUUCACUGGUUGCCCUUUUCUUGUGGCAACAGGUCACAAAUCUUGCAGCUGUGAUGGCACACUGUGGUUUUUCACCCAGUAGAUAAGGGAGUUUAUCAAAAUUGGGUUUGUUUUCGAAUUCUUUGUGGAUCGCGGUAAUCUGAGGGAAAUAUGUGUCUCUAAUAUGGUCAUACAUUUGGCAGGAGGUUAGGAAGUGCAGCUCAGUUUCCACCUCAUUUUGUGGGCAGUGUGCACAUAACCUGUCUUCUCUUGAGAGCCAGGUCUGCCUACGGCGGCCUUUCUCAAUAGCAAGGCUAUGCUCACUGAGUCUGUACAUAGUCAAAGCUUUCCUUAAGUUUGGGUCAGUCACAGUGGUUCAGGUAUCUCUCUCUCUCUCUCUCUCUCUCUAUUGUUCAGCCUUAAUGCUGAGAUGGACACAUCGACAACUCCACAAAGGAGAGGGAAGUACAGGACAUGGAGAACAUUGACCAGGGCUGUGCACAUGCAUGGAUGCGCACACACACACGCGCGCGCACACACACACACACACACACACACACACACACACAACAAUGACGGUCUACAAGAUUUCUUAUAGGUAAACUGUAGUCCUAGUGUGAAAUUCCCACAGUGCUGAGGCUGAGCUUUGGGGGUUAUUGGGAUAUCUACGUAGUACCUUAGUUUCCCUAAACAAAUGUGACUAUAUCUGGUCCUACUUAGAACUGUCUGGUGGCCCACCUGUGGACCCUGUCCCAUAGCUUGGGAACCCAACUAUGUGAGUUAGUGUGAGCUAUAGGAGUACAAUGGAACUGUCUGGCUGUCCUUAACCAUAUGGUCUUAAUGGACUCCCUUCUGCUUCCCAUAGACAUCACCAGUCAGUGCUCUGCUCUGAUUCCUGCUUCACAUGAUUAGGGAAAAAUUAUCAAGGGAAAGAGACAAGGAGAGAGAGACAAGGAGAUGGAGAGAGAGACAAGGAGAUGGAGAUGGAGACAAGGAGAUGGAGAUGGAGACAAGGAGAUGGAGAUGGAGAUGGAGACACAAGGAGAGAGAGAGAGACACAAGGAGAGAGAGAGAGACACAAGGAGAGAGAGAGAGACACAAGGAGAGAGAGAGAGACACAAGGAGAGAGAGAGACACAAGGAGAGAGAGAGAGACACAAGGAGAGAAGGAGAGAGACAAGGAGAGAGAGACACAAGGAGAGAGAGACACAAGGAGAGAGAGAGAGACACAAGGAGAGAGAGCGAGACACAAGGAGAGAGCGAGACACAAGGAGAGAGAGACAAGGAGCAGGCAGAGACAGACAACGUUGAUUUGGGAGGAGGGAGGAAUUGCAUUUAGCUAAUUGGAUUAGAGCCGCGCUGGUUUUCCCCAUUUCCCCUUUGUUUUGUGGUCGCUCCCUAUCUAUUGAUCUCAAUGGGACUCUCAGGUCCUAACCUGCUAUGGGGUCUCCCUGGACCAGUGGUGAGCCACCCGGCCUCACACCACACAGCCUGCGGUCUGGGGUCCAAACUGAUCUCUGAACAGUUGUUAAAUGGACUAAGAGAAGGAUGACUGGACUAUAGCCAAACCCUGCAUUGCAUUCAGUUUUCAGAUUGGUCUGCAUUGUGAUGUCAGUUUGUAUUAUAUUGAGUUGAAAUGAGAUGUCUGGAUUAGAAUUCAGUUUGUUUACAGGUGGGGUGUUUAGAGGGAUAUUGAAAUAUGAUAUCUUCAGUUUAUUUUUGUUUUAUAAUGCAAUUUGGAAGGUCGAUUUGCAGCGCUGUGUGAUUUGGCUACAGACAGCACAUCCAGAUAAUAUAUGAGGUUAGCUGUCAGGUUAGAAUAGCCUGCACUGUUUUCCUACAUUACCAUAGCAUUUUUCCGUACCCCUAACCAAGACGUGGACUAGAAUUCCAUUUGACCAGAUUGGCUAGACUGAUGCCUUGGCCACCCAGUGCUGCUGGUCUCUUAUGGUAGCUCUACGCUAACCACCGUUUAAAAAACCACAGUCAUACAGUACAGUACUCCCAUUCUAAUGGUAACUCAAUCUUUAUAGAAACCCAUUUAAGGCCAACAUGCAUCAUCUUAAUGUACAUGUACUGCAUCGCAGUGUGACGUUAUUCCACUGACUAGCCACACCAGUGUAGUUUCCAUAUAGCCAUACUGCUCUACUUUGAAUGCAAUUCACCAUUCUUUUAAUUGGUAAAAAGAAAUGCUACAUCUCAAAUUAAGCAGAAACUAAUUUGGGGGAGGAGAAGGUUAAGUCACUAGACUGUGAUCACUUGCCCGGAGAGAGAAGGCCUUUACUAUCGGUGCAUUUAGAAAGACCUCUUUACUCUUCUACUCUGAGAAAACAGCUAUGGAUUAACAAUCACAGCCAACCCAGUCACCAGAAGAUUAAUGACCAGCCUUGUAGCCAGCUAAUUUAGAACAAUAACGACUAACGCCUAAUUAAUUACAAAUAAUCAGGGUUUCUACUCUCUCUCUCUCUCUCUCUCUCUCUCUCUCUCUCUCUCUCUCUCUCUCUCUCUCUCUCUCUCUCUCUCUCUCUCUCUCUCUAAUGCCUUUCUCUCUCUCUCUCUCUUUAAUGCCUUUCUCUCUCUCUCUCUCUCUUUCUCCCACCCUCCCUGUAUGUAAAUGUUCUUAGUUAAAAGCUGCAUAGAGGAUCUAGUCUAGAUUUAUUUUCUCCCUCUUUACUCCCCUUUGACUUUCUGUCCUCAGAGCCACAGUGAUUAAUGCAGGGCCUUAAAUUAGGAGAGGGAGGAUUUGCCGAUGACACACGGACACUGUUCAGCUGGCAGACACACACUUUACAAUAUCUACUAACUAAUCUAUGACUGCUAACAUGGAUGGGUGAUAGUCUCUUCCUCAAAUGCCACAGCAGAUAAUUGUUCUCUAUAGACUCCCAGAUGGUGAAGAGGUGAUAAUCUGGACUCUGGACAUGUCACUGACCCUCAGUCAAUGCAGAUUAAUGAUCUAUUAUCUAUGUAGCUAAAAUCUGGUCUAGAGUUUGUUGUAGGCCCAACAUGGCACCUGUCAAAUAAACGAAACUAACACUUUGCUUUGUUUAUGUUUGCAGGUGACUUUUGAGCAGCACAAGGAGAACCUGGCCCGUAUGUUCCAUCAGUAUCAGAGACUGGGCUCCGAGGGCGAUGCGGCCGGUAUCCGGACCAUUUCCGGGGCCAGCCGAGACUCUGAGAUUCUGGGCCAGCUCCGGACCAACAGGGAUCAGGGGGAGGAAACAGCCCCCUCCACCAUGAUCGAGCUCACCAUUGAUCCAGAGGGGGUCCCUCAGAACCAGGAGUCCCCCAACACUACCCCUCCCUCAGCAGCCUCAACAACGUCCGCCUCCACCCCCAGCCCUCCAGAGAGAGAAGGGGAUAGAAGCCAGAGGGGUCAAGCACCCAUAACUGUGUCCAACAUGUUGGCCAGAGCUGAGGAAGAGGAGGAGGAACUACAGCAGGUCCAGAAUCAGAUCUCAGAGGAUCAGAGCGGAGGUGCUGGUGACCGAGCUGAAACUACUACACAGGAGACUGAAGCUAAACUCACUGAGGAUAAAGUCAGCAGUAAGACCAUUGAGGCCAUGACUGAGACUGAGACCUCCACAGACAAGACUGAUGAUGCUGCAGCAGCUAGCACAGUUGAAACAGACGAAGCGACCAAGCCAGAAACUGAUGACGCGAAGGUGGCUGAAACAGAAACAAGCGACGAUGCUAAAACAUCUGGUACCGACAAAGUAGUAAAACCUCAAACGGAUGGGGAGAAGGGGUCAAAAACACACAGCAACAAAGCCGGCGACGUUCUUAGGUCUGAGAAUACCAAGAAAGAACCCAAGGAACCGGAACUGGCUAAGCAACCGGAGGAACAGGUCUCUGCUGAGACCUUGGCCUGCCAGAAGGGCAGCGUGGCGGAGGGGUCAGCAGUCGCAGGCGGGGCAUCGGUCCGGUCAGUCAGCGACCAGGUCCGACCCAGCUCCACCGACGACAGCAUGGAGGAAUCCUCCUUUGUCUCCGCCGCUGGUGGAGAGGAGGGAGAAAAGGAGGCGGAGGAGGUGAAGACAAAGGAGGUUGUAGUUGAGGAGGUGAAGAAGGAAGAGGUUAAAGCAGAGGAGAUCAAGCUAGAGGAGGUUGUAGUUGAGGAGGUGAAGAAGGAAGAGGUUAAAGCAGAGGAGAUCAAGACAGAGGUGGUUAAAACUGAAAAGAAGAAGGAAGAGGAGAGUGUUGCCGUGGUCACAGAAUCAGCAGUGGAAAGUCAAGAGACACCACCUGCUUCUGUACCUGAGGAGAGUCAGACACAACCCCCUAAAAUGGAGGAGAUUGACCUUGACCCGUCUUCACCAGGCACCGACCCCACCAGCACAGAGCCAGCCCAGCAGCCUUUAGAGUCCACAACAUCGCCCCCUAUGGCCCUGGAGGCCAUACUACCAACACCAGCAGCAGUAGGGGCCACUGUCUCUAAAUCUGACACCCCACAGGCUGUAGCUCCAGCAGAGGCCCCCAGCACCAAGGCGGUCCAGCCAGAAGCCUCAGGGGCCACAGAGGCCCCCAGCACCAGGAAUGAUACCUCUCCGAAGGUAGCCACUGCUACUGCUGUGGAGGCAGGGAAAGACAGUGCAGCAGAGGGCCCCGGCUCCGCUACCAAGACCAAAGAGAUCCACAUCGCCAGGCUGGAUGUGUCCAGUGUGGCCUCAGACACAGAGAGACUGGAGCUGAAGGAGACAACCACACCUGUAUGUCAUCACAUAGGCUUUCAUCUAUUUACUGGUCUCAAGCCAUUUCUUUGUAUUGUAUUUACAUGUAUAUUGCAUCUUUAACGGAAAGUGCUUUGUAAUAUGGCUAAAGCUAAUGCUAAUCCUGUUUAUAUUUCUAUGGCUAAUGCUAAAGCCAAAGCUAAUCCUGUUUAUAUUUCUAUGGCUAAUGCUAAAGCCAAAGCUAAUCCUGUUUAUAUUUCUAUGGCUAAUGCUAAAGCCAAAGCUAAUCCUGUUUAUAUUUCUAUGGCUAAUGCUAAAGCCAAAGCUAAUCCUGUUUAUAUUUCGAUGGCUAAUGCUAAAGCCAAAGCUAAUCCUGUUUAUAUAGAUAUGGCUAUAUGGCUAAUGCUACUGCUCACCAUUCUGUGUGCUGUACCACAGGAGGCUCCUCAGGGCCAGGCGGCUGCAGCAGGUGCCUCAGGAGGCCAGGCCAGAGAGAGCAGCUCCUCAGCUCGCUCCACCAUGUUCCGUAUCCCAGAGUUCCGCUGGUCCCACAUGCACCAGCGCCUGCUCACAGACCUGCUCUUCUCCAUCGAGACUGACGUGCAGAUGUGGAGGAGGUAAAGGGGGGACAUUGUGAAAUACAUGGAGAAUUGCAGUGCCUUUUGAUCUGAUUUCUAACAUUUCUAACACUUUAGAACGUUUACAGGACAGGCGGCUUUCCAACUAACUAACUAACUAACUUACUAAAGAAAUACAGUCGAUCCUGCAAACAUUCUAUUACCCAGGUCGUUGCUGUAAAUGAGAAUGUGUUCUCAGUCAGGGUAAAAAAAAAUUCUGAUAGAUAUGAAUGAGUUUUAAACAGAUUAGAUACAGUGCCUUCAGAAAGUAUUCACACCCAUUGACUUUUUCCACAUUGUGUUAUGUUACAGCCUUAAUUUAAAAUAGAUUCAAUUUAGAUUGUGUCACUGGCCUACACACAAUACCCCAUAAUGUCAAACUGGAUUUAAAAAAAUGAAUUAAUCAAAAAUGAAAAGCUGAAAUGUCUUGAGCCAAUAAGUAUUCAACCCCUUUGUUAUGGCAAGCCUAAAUAAGUUCAGGAGUACAAAUUUGUUUAACAAGUCACAUAAUAAGUUGCAUGGACUCAAUAAUAGUGUUUAACAUGAUUUUUGAAUGACUAGCUAAUCUCUGUACCCCACACAUGCAAUUAUCUGUAAGGUCCCACAGUCGAGCAGUGAAUGAGGGACAAUAAGUCCAAUGGUAACUUUAAAACAGUUACAGAGUUUAAUGGCUGUGAUUGGAGAAAACUGAGGAUGGAUCAACAACAUUGUAGUUACUCCACAAUACUAACCUAAUUGACAGAGUGAAAAGAAGGAAAGCCUGUACAGAAUACAAAUAUUCCAAAACAUGAAUCCGGUUUGCAACAAGGCACUAAAGUAAUACUGCAAAAAAUGUGGUAAAAUAAUACACUUUUUGUCCUGAAUACAAAGUGUUAUGUUUGGGGCAAAUCCAAUACAACACAUUACUAAGUACCAUCAUCAUUUUAUGGGUGUGCUUGUAAUCGUUAAGGACUGGGGAGUUUUUCAGGAUAAAAAAGAAACGGAAAGGAGCCAAGCACAGGCAAAAUCCUAGAGGAAAACAUGGUUCAGUCUGCUUUCCACUAGGAGAUGAAUUCACCUUUCAGCAGGACAAUAACCUAAAACACAAGGCUACACUGGAGUUGCUUACCAAGAAGACCGUGAAUGUUCCUGAGUGGCCGAGUUACAGUUUUGACUUAAAUCUGCUUGAAAAUGUAUGGCAAGACUUGAAAAGGAAUGUCUAGCAAUGAUCAACAAACAAUUUGACAGAGGUUGAAGAAUUUUGAAAAGAAUAAUGGGCAAAUGUUGUACAAUCCAGGUGUGCAAAGCUCUUAGAGACUUACCCAGAAAGACUCACAGCUGUAAUCACUGCCAAAGGUGCUUCUACAAAGUAUUGAUUCAGGAGUGUGAAUACUUACACUACCGUUCAAAAGUUUGGGGUCACUCAGAAAUGUCCUUGUUUUCGAAAGAAAAGCAAUUUUUUUGUCCAUUAAAAUAACAUCAAAUUGAUCAGAAAUACAGUGUAGGCAUUGUUAAUGUUGUAAAUGGCUAUUGUAGCUGGAAACGGCGGAUUGUUUAUGGAAUAUCUACAUAGGCGUACAGGCGCCACACAUGUCCUGUGAGGCGUCUGUUUCUCAAACUAGAUACUAUGUAUUUGUAGUUUCCAGCUAUAAUAGCCAUUUACAACAUUAACAAUUUUCAUUUUCAUUAAAUUAGCAAACAUUUCUAAAAAUAUGUUUUCACUUUAUCAUUAUGGGGUAUUGUGUGUAGAUGGGUGAGAGAAAAAAAAUCAAUUUAAUCCAUUUUGAAUUCCGGCUGUAACACAACAAAAUGUGGCUAAGUCAAGGGGUAUGAAUACUUUCUGAAGGGACUGAAGGCAUUGAUCGUGUUGUACAUUGAUUCGAUGGUUAUAAUGUUUAGCUUCUAUGUACCUCAGUAUAAUUCAUGCCCGUCCCCUCUCUCCCAGUCACUCCACUAAGACGGUGAUGGACUUUGUGAACAGCAGUGAGAACGUAGUGUUUGUCCACAACACAGUGCACCUCAUCUCUCAGGUCGUGGACAACCUCAUCAUGGCCUGUGGAGGCAUCCUGCCCCUGCUUUCCGCUGCUACAUCUUCCUCGGUGAGAGACACUGUGUGUCUGUGUGUCUGUCUGUCUGUGUGUCUGUCUGUGUGUCUGUCUGUGUGUCUGUCUGUCUGUCUCUGUCUGUCUGUCUGUCUGUCUCUGUCUGUCUCUGUCUGUCUCUGUCUGUCUCUGUCUGUCUGUCUGUCUGUCUGUCUGUCUGUCUGUCUGUCUGUCUGUCUGUCUGUCUGUCCGUCCGUCCGUGUGUUUAUGGCCAGCCACAGGAGGUUAUCCAUGUCCAUCCAUCCCCAUUGACCUUUCUCCAAUCACAUUAGACUACAGUUAGCCAGUAGUAACAUGGUUAGUGUGUUUUUGUACUGUCUGACCCCAGUGACAGUAUCACUCUAGUAUAACAUAAUGCCUGAUGGACCUGUGGGCCUCUGUCUGUUCUCCCGUCCAUACCACUCCCUUCACCAUUUAGACUGGAAACAUUGUCCGGUAUGGACUGAUGGCUGUGGCUACAGCAGGGCUCAAUUCCAUCGUAGUUAGAUUAAAAGACGGGAUUGAAUUCAAUGAGGAUUUAAUCUGAUUAAUAUCGGAAAUGGACAGAGUGGAAAUUGAAUUGACAAGAGGAUGUUGCUCAGCAGGAUUUGAACCAUCUAAGGCUCUGUCUCUGGCAUUUCUUUGCUUACCAAACAUGGUCCCUAAAUGGACUAAUAACUACAUGUCAUGAUUUAGAUUUGAUUUGACAGUAAUGGUGAUAGUGAUGGUGUCUGUCCCUCUUCUGCUCCUCAGCAUGAUCUGGAGAACAUUGAGCCGUCCCAGGGUCUGGCGGUGGAGGCGUCGGUCACCUUCCUGCAGCGCCUCAUCAACCUGGUGGAUGUUCUUGUCUUCGCCUCCUCCCUCAACUUCACUGAGAUAGAGGCUGAGAAGAACAUGUCCUCUGGGGGUAUCCUCAGACAGAGCCUUCGCCUGGGUACGUAUGGAAGAACGUCUCUACCGCUCUCUUCUCCUCCAUCCCUUCUGGUCUUCUCAUCUCUUCACAUCUCCUCUCCCAUGCCACGGCUCAGCGAUCGUAGGGGACAGCCUGUCCCGCGGGGGCCGCGUGUGGGCAGCCCGCAGCUCCGCUCCUGACUCCCUUCACGCCCGCCCCAGGACCACGCUACACUGACUCCUCCAAAUCCUUCACUCGAAAGCGCGUGCACCCUAACUCACAUCCUACCUCAGACUUCCUUCUCGCGUCACUUCCCCUUCCCUCAUCCUCCUUCUCCCUUCACUUUCUCUUCAUCCCUUCACUUCCUCCUUCUCCCUUCACUUCCUCCUUCUCCCUUCAAUCUCCUUUGCUCACCCUUUUCCUCCUCAUUCACCUCUUUUUAUCGAUCCCCCUCUAUAUCAGUCUGCAGGAGACUCAAAUAGCAGCCUGAGCUGCCAAAGCUCUCCAUAGUAUAUCCUCUCUUUCUCUCUCUCUCGCUUUCGCUCUCUCGCUCGGCUUGUAUCAGCCCUCUUAUCUUGUUAUUAUAACCCCUCUGCGCUGCAACACUCUAAAAUGGCCGCCUAUGAUUAGUCGAUUCCCCAUAAUGGGCCUGGUUGUAGGCCUGCCUCUCUCUCUCUCUCUCUCUCUCCUCUCUCUCUCUCUCUCUCUCUCUCUCUCUCUCUCUCUCACCCACUUUCCCUCUAUCACCCACUUUCCCUCUAUCUCCUUCUCUUUCUCUGCCUCAUGUUCCAGUCUAUUAAAGUAACCCAGUGACAGCUCCGAGACACGGCAAGGCCCCUGCUCUGCUAGCUGAAUAAAAUAUACUUCAAAUGCUUUACAUUAUUCAUUUUAUUCAGGCACUACAUUACACCAGCCACCUUAUCCAACCCCCAACCCCCCUCAUCCAACUCCUAAGCUCCCUACUACAGUAAGACUAUGCAUGGUGAUUUAAACCAUCUGCUCCAUUUGGGUAAUGGGCCGUGCUCUGGUAUCCAUUUUUGCUCUUAAAUACUCAUUACAAACUAGCUCGUAAACAAAAUGGUCUCCCUGGACGCCACCUUGUUCAGCUGAUAGCCAGUCACAUUUUUUUCUGCUGGGUUUAUCCCAAUGGCCAUUCUCAUUGGUGGGGAGCUCGGUGGAGAGAGUGAUGCUGUCUUAGCACAUGCCUGCUUUUAGAGAGCUGCCGUUAUGAGAUGAAUUUUUUAUGAGUUAUUCUCUCCCUGUUGCUGGCGCAGUAAUCUGAUUUGGAUAGACUGUAACAAGGUUUCAAGGGGGAACGUACACACACAAAAAACACAGACACAGGCACACAAACACACACACACACACUGCCUCUCCUGAAGGCCUUAAUGGGAAACCCCAGUCCAUUCCAGACAAAAUAAUUCCACCUCUAAUCUAAACGGUUCAGAGUUUACAUUUGUGAGUUGUCAAAUACAGAAACCAAGGAGGGGGUAAAAGAAAGAAGGUGGAAAAAAACAAAUAGUAAGCAGCGCUCGGAAUAUAGCAUGGCAAGAUAUCAUAUUUCAAAUAAUAAAAUGCCCCCUUGCCGUGCCAGGAGCCAGAAACCUACCUGAAAUGAUCAAACAGCAGAUAUUUUACCUCAUGUUCUGUGAGGUAGUCUGUUACCCAGGCAAGGCCCACAAGCAGUGAGGAACCAUCGUCAUCCAAUAUUGAAUGAGCCCCAUGCAGGGUUUGGAUACAGCGAGAACUAGUGUGAACUAAUGUGACCUUGGAUACAGGGAGAACUAGUGUGACCUUGGAUACAGGGAGAACUACUGUGACCUUGGAUACAGGGAGAACUAGUGUGUUGGGGCUAGGGGAGCAGGGAGGCAAGAGUGAACGCUGCUGUCCAGGUGGACUGGAGCCUUGACCUUGUUCCUGGAGCGUUCAAUUCUUUCUCUUUCUCAACCGCUCCUCACUUCUCCCCCUCCCUUUCUGUCUCUCCCCAAUUCUCUCUUCUCGUUCUCUCACUACUUCACCCCUGGACUUCCUGACGGGCCGACCCCAGGUAGCAACAACACCUCCACUUCGCUGAUUCUCAACACAGGGGCCCCACAAGGGUGCGUGCUCAGCCCCCUCCUGUACUCCCUGUUCACCCAUGACUGCGUGGCUACGCACGUCUCCAACUCAGUCAUCAAGUUUGCAGACGACACAACGGUGGUAUGCCUGAUUACCACCAAAGACGAGGCAACCUACAGGGAGGAGGUGAGGGCCCUUGCGGAGUCGUGCCAGGAAAAUAACCUCGCCUCUUAACGUCAACAAAAUGAAGGAGCUGAUUGUGGACUUCUGGAGAGAGCAGAGAGAGCAUGCCCCCAUCCACAUUGAUGGGGCCGCAGAGGAGAGGGUGAAAGUUCCUGGGCAUGCACAUCACUGACAAUAUGAAAUGGUCCAUCCACACAGACAGUGUGGUGAAGAAGGCGCAACAGUGCCUCUUCUACCUCAGGAGGCUGAAGAAAUUCCGCUUGGCCCCUAAGACCCUCACAAACUUCUACAGAUGCACCAUUGAGAGCAUCCUGUCAGGCUUCAUCACCGCCUGGUAUGGCAUCUGCACCGACCACAACCACAGGGCUCUCCAGCCCAAUGCUUCUCCGGGGGCAGCGUGCCUGCUCUCCAGGACAUCUACAGCACCCGGUGUCACAGGAAAGCCAAGAAGAUUAUCAAGGAUCUCAGCCACCCGAGCUACGGCCUGUUCUCCCCGCUACCAUCUAGAAGGCGGAUACAGUACAGGUUAAUCAAAGCUGGGACGGCAAGACUGAAAAACAGCUUCUAUCUCCAGGCCAUCAGACUGUUAAAUAGUCACCACUAGCCGACCUCCGCCCAGUACCCUGCCCUGAACUUUACUUACUGUUACUAGCCAGCUACCACCCGGUACUCUACCCUACACCUUAGAGACUGCUUCCCUGUGUACAUAGUCAUUGAACUUUUUUUUUUUUUUUUUUUUUUUUGAGGGGGUAGAUCAGCUUUAAUAUUGCAGAUUGUAACUUCCAUCAAUGUAAUUGUCUGCAUCACUUCCAAUCCCCCAUAUGUUUUCUUUCUCGCAAAUAUAUAUAUAUAUAUACACACAUACAUAUACAGUGAGGGAAAAAAGUAUUUGAUCCCCUGCUGAUUUUGUACGUUUGCCCACUGACAAAGAAAUUAUCAGUCUAUAAUUUUAAUGGUAGGUUUAUUUGAACAGUGAGAGACAGAAUAACAACAAAAAAAUCCAGAAAAACGCAUGUCAAAAAUGUUAUAAAUUGAUUUGAAUUUUAAUGAGGGAAAUAAGUAUUUGACCCCCUCUCAAUCAGAAAGAUUUCUGGCUCCCAGGUGUCUUUUAUACAGGUAACGAGCUGAGAUUAGGAGCACACUCUUAAAGGGAGUGCUCCUAAUCUCAGUUUGUUACUUGUAUAAAAGACACCUGUCCACAGAAGCAAUCAAUCAAUCAGAUUGCAAACUCUCCACCAUGGCCAAGACCAAAGAGCUCUCCAAGGAUGUCAGGGACAAGAUUGUAGACCUACACAAGGCUGGAAUGGGCUACAAGACCAUCGCCAAGCAGCUUGGUGAGAAGGUGACAACAGUUGGUGCGAUUAUUCGCAAAUGGAAGAAACACAAAAUAACUUUAAAUCUCCCUCGGCCUGGGCUCUACGCAAGAUCUCACUUCGUGGAGUUGCAAUGAUCAUGAGAACAGUGAGGAAUCAGCCCAGAACUACACGGGAGGAUCUUGUUAAUGAUCUCAAGGCAGCUGGGACCAUAGUCACCGAGAAAACAAUUGGUAACACACUACGCCGUGAAGGACUGAAAUCCUGCAGCGCCCGCAAGGUCCCCCUGCUCAAGAAAGCACAUAUACAAGGCCGUCUGAAGUUUGCCAAUGAACAUCUGAAUGAUUCAGAGGAGAACUGGGUGAAAGUGUUGUGGUCAGAUGAGACCAAAAUCGAGCUCUUUGGCAACAACUCAACUCGCCGUGUUUGGAGGAGGUGGAAUGCUGCAUAUGACCCCAAGAACACCAUCCCCACCGUCAAACAUGGAGGUGGAAACAUUAUGCUUUGGGGGUGUUUUUCUGCUAAGGGGACAGGACAACUUCACCGCAUCAAAGGGACGAUGGACGGGGCCAUGUACCGUCAAAUCUUGGGUGAGAACCUCCUUCCCUCAGCCAUGGCAUUGAAAAUGGGUCGUGGAUGGGUAUUCCAGCAUGACAAUGACCCAAAACACAUGGCCAAGGCAACAAAGGGGUGGCUCAAGAAGAAGCACAUUAAGGUCCUGGAGUGGCCUAGCCAGUCUCCAGACCUUAAUCCCAUAGAAAAUAUGUGGAGGGAGCUGAAGGUUCGAGUUGCCAAACGUCAGCCUCGAAACCUUAAUGACUUGGAGAAGAUCUGCAAAGAGAAGUGGGACAAAAUCCCUCCUGAGAUGUGUGCAAACCUGGUGGCCAACUACAAGAAAUGUCUGACCUCUGUGAUUGCCAACAAGGGUUUUGCCACCAAGUACUAAGUCAUGUUUUGCAGAGGGGUCAAAUACUUAUUUCCCUCAUUAAAAUGCAAAUCAAUUGAUAACAUUUCUGACAUGCGUUUUUCUGGAUUUUUUGGUUGUUAUUCUGUCUCUCACUGUUCAAAUAAACCUACCAUUAAAAUUAUAGACUGAUCAUGUCUUUCUCAGUGGACAAACGUACAAAAUCAGCAGGGGAUCAAAUACUUUUUCCCUCACUGUACAUACACAUAUACAUACACAUAUACAUACAUAUACACAUAUACACAUACACUACCAUUAAAAAGUUUGGGGUCACUUAUAAAUGUCAUUUCUUUCGAAAGAAAAGCAAAAAAAUGUGUCCGUUAAAAUAACAUCAAAUUGAUCAGAAAUACAGUGUAGACAUGGUUAAUGUUGUAAAUGGCUAUUGUAGCUGGAAACGGCAGAUAUUCUGGCUCUAACCAGAAUAGAAAGAGGAGUGGGAGGCCCCGGUGCACAACUGAGCAAGAGGACAAAUACAUUAGUGUCUAGUUUGAGAAACAGACGCCUCACAGGUCCUCAACUGGCAGCUUCAUUAAAUAGUACCCGCAAAACACCAGUCUCAAUGUCAACAGUGAAGAGGCGACUCCGGGAUGCUGACCUAAGCAGAGUUGCAAAGAAAAUGCCAUAUUUCAGACUGCCCAUCUUAAUAUUUUCUUUUUCUUUAUAUUAUAUUUAUAUUCCGGACUCUGCUCGUUUGUGUUGUUAGGUAUUACUGCACUGUUGGAGCUAGAAACAUACGCAUUUUGCUGCACCUCCGAUAACAUCUUCAAAAUAUGUGUACGGGACCAGUAAAAUAAAAUGCUAUUUUAUUUGACUUAUACAUCCACUGCAACACCCUCAUUCUCCCUCUCCAAUAUCUCUCUCGCCAAUAUCGCGCUCCAUUCUCUCUCUCCAAUAUCUCUCUCCAUUCUCUCUCUCUCUCCAAUAUCUCUCUCCAUUCUCUCUCUCCAAUAUAUCUCUCUCUCCAAUAUAUCUAUUCAUUCUCUUUCUCUGAUAUCUCUCCAAUAUCUCUCUCCAUUCUCUCUCUGCAGUGUGUGCCAUGGCUGUGAGGAACUGUCUGGAGUGUCAGCAGCACUCCCACUUCAAGCCCAGCCAGGACAGCGCCCGUGGCCAGCAAGCUUUACAAAGCCUCAUGGGAGCCGCCAAGUCCAUGCCCGCGCAGGCAAGUAGUAUCAUCCCUCCUCACUGAGUCACACUCUCUCUUCUACCUUCAGACCCCCCCACCCCUCCUUCGCUCUCUUCUGUCAUUUCGGGAAUCUUGACUUUCUAGCAAUAUCCCCCUCCCCUCCCCUCCCCAUCUCCCUAGAUAACACGGAGAAAUACCAUAAUUGAUUACAUUUCUCCUCCUGUAUAUUAGUUGAAUAGGAUCACUGCACUUAGUGAAUUGUAAGCAUCCCUGUAAGUCAUCCUUUGUAUCCUAAUAAUUCCCCACACAGCACAACUACAGGACCCCAUCCCUUUGUGGUCCUCCCUAUGCAAUAGCAGAGUGUUAUUAUUGCGUUAGCUGAUAUCUUAUUGCAUUACUUCGCCCGCUGCUGUAUGUUACACUAGACAAGGCCCUUUGUCGUUGUUGGCCUUUUGAUUUGAUAUAGUGACUUCCAGUAAAAAAAAAAUCCAUGUUUUUCUUCCUGAAACCAGUGUGUAAAAUCUCAUUCAUAAUGCAGUGAGUGGCUCUAUGGUAAACCCAUUAUGUUAAGGGUCUGAGUCUCAAGAGGAUAACAUACCACUGGAUGGGACAGAUACUGUACUGUAUGUGGACUGGGCUGGCCAACUAUACACUUCCCAUGGGUUGAUUUUCAACACUUAAGCUGCUGAUGGUGGAGUGGGUCGUUGUGGUUGACCUCUGCUAACACAUACACAUUAAAUGACAAUCAGUUAUCAUUUGUAAUAUCUUGUUUUGGUUAGUGGGUAGAGUAUAAAAACUGAUAAUGAUAUUUUCAGCAAUAACCAGCAAUAGGUGCUUAAAUUAUUAUGUGUGUGUGUGUGUGCGUGUCUGUGUGUGUGUGUGUGUGUGUGUAUGUGUGCGUGUCUGUGUGUCUGUGUGUGUGUGUGUGUUCUACACCUGCAGAGCCCUGUUGAUGUUGUGACAGGAGGGAUGUCUCCCGUCAGAGACAUGGACCGCCUCCUACAGGACAUGGACAUCAACCGCCUCAGAGCCGUGGUCUUCAGAGAUAUCGUGAGUUUACAGAGCUUUGACAAAGACUGAUUGAGGUUGAAAAGCGUUAACAAUUUUUGUUGUUGUUGUAAUUUUUACCCCCUUUUUUUCCUCCCCAAUUUCGUGAUUAUGAUCUUGUCUCAUCGCUGCAACUCCCCAACGGGCUCGGGAGAGGCAAAGGUGGAGUCAUGAGUCCUCCGAAACAUGACCCGCCAAGCCGCGCUUCUUAACACCCGCUCGCUUAACCUGGAAGCAGUGCCUUAGACCGCUGCGCCACUCGGGAGGCAAAGCGUCAACUUUUUAAAUAAAUAACAGUACCUAUGCAUUGAAAUAACUUGUUAUUGCUGUCUUUGGACGAUCCCAUCAUUUUCUUUUUUGAAAUACUGUACAGAUAUAUGAUGUUAAUUUUCAGCCAGUGUGCUACAGCAGGAACCUAAUCCUGCAGCAACAGGAAAUGUCAGUUAUUAUGUGGAUAAAAAUUAAUGGACAUUUUUUUAGGUGUUACAUUUUUCGUAAGGGAAAAUCAAGUCUGAAAUUUCAAAUUUCAGAAUCAUUUUUAAACCUCAAGUUAUUCUUAAACAGGGUGAUCAAAUUAAGAUCCUACAUGUGUACGUAUUAAAACAUAUUACAAACUGGCACUGUACUGUAUUAUAGCUGUGUUGCAUGUUGUGUGUGUUUUGGUAAAGGAGGACAGUAAGCAGGCUCAGUUCUUGGCCCUGGCCGUGGUUUACUUCAUCUCGGUUCUCAUGGUGUCCAAGUACCGAGACAUCCUGGAGCCCCAAAACGACAAGAAACACCCCCAGCGCAGCCAGUCUGCCAGGAGCGCAGGUACAUACCUCACCCAUAUGACUACGCAGGAGCUACAUCUUGCAAGUGUCCAUCCUUCAAGAUGUCCAGCUCUCACUUAUACAUGAGUUUUAAAUGGAAUGUCCAAUUGUCUUGAAUGUGUCUGGAAAUGUACUGGUGUGUUGAUAGUUUUCACAAUCUCUUAGAUGUGCUGUAGUAGAUUCUCAAAGUAAUUUUUGAAGCACGUAGAAGGUUCAGGUUUUUCCUCAAUGUUUAUAAACCUCCUUUAAUGUUUCCGCACAUCAGACAGUGGUGCCAUCUCUGGCGGUCCCGACCUGGAGAGCAGCGUGUCCCUCCGUCGCCGUGACUCUGGCAUCGGGGAUGACCAUACCUCUGUGGCCCCCAGCGAGGCAGACUCCACCGCCCAGGGGCCCGACGCCGUGUCCGAGGCCCUGUCCACCCUCUCCUCAGAGGUCAGAGUUCACAGAGACAACCCCACGGCGGACGCCAGGGGUGGGAAGAACGUGAAGGACAUCCUUCGCAGCCUGGUCUCGGUGCCUGCUGAUGACAUCAUGGUGGACCCCAGCCUUCUGCCGCCGGCCUUCCUGGGAACUGCUAUGGGAAACAACCCCAACCAGUUCAGAUCCUUUGACAGGUACGUGGGCCACAGAGUUUUAGAAUCAGGGGUCAGUCUCGCAAAGGCUGGUCUCUGUAUCGGAGUCUGCAAACUUUUUAAAUACCUCUCGAAAACCUGGUUCACAGCUUCACAUCUCUUAACCCCUUCCCGUCCCUACCUUGAAACGGUCCAACAUGAACAUGUGCUGGGUGAAGGCGAUGAAGCAUCACAUCAAAAAACCCACCACCAUCACAGGCCCCCUUUUAAACUCUUGUAUCUUCCCCCCUCGACCCCAUCCCUGUAGCUCCCUAGUUUGCCUGUCGACGUGUCUUCUCAACACAAAUAAACAGUGCUACAAAGUACCUGUCUUCAGGAAAACACAUCAAAACAAUAGAGGCAUCUGCCAGAGGCAGAGAGGAAGAGAGAGAGUAAGGGGGAAAGCGAGAGAGAGAGAGUGAUCUAAAAGACAACUCUGUGGCAGCCAGCAGGAAGCUGUUUCUUUUCACCAUGUCACUGAUAUUUAAUAGCUUCUCUAUUUCAUCUCUCUCUCUCCCAGUCUUUCUUUCUCUCUGUCUGCACCGUGGGCUAGGCAGUCUGUCUGUCUGUCUGUCUGUCUGUCUGGUACUAAAAUAACGGAAAGAGAAGCUGGCUAGUUGGAUCCCCUAUGGAAUGAGGGGGCGAGCAGUCAGAGACUUAGUGGGAACGCAAGGCGGUGCCGUGUGUGGUGUAGGUGUACUGUAGCUAUACAGACGUCUCUAAGUGAGAGAGAACUGACUGAGGACGAGGUCUGGUUUGCAUUUGGGGGAAUUGUCCCUGUGGCACACCAGACACAAAGGAAGCGUGGAGAGAGAAAAAGAGAGAGGGAGGAGAUGGAGAGGACAGAGAGAGAGAGAGAGAGAGAGAGAAAGAGAAAUAAAGAGCAAGAGGGAUAGAGAGAACAAGAUCCCCCCUAGUCAAGGUUCUCAUGCCAAGGAAGAAAGAAAGCAUUUCUCCAUCACCCCCCCCCCCCCUCCCCCCCUCCUCCUCCUCUUCAAAUCUGUGGGAAUUCCGAGGCAUCCCUGUGAUCCUCAGCCUCUUUAUCUGUGGAAUGCUUUGUCAGGACUCUGGGCGCUCCUCAUAUCUGGUGGGAUUAGAGCGGCUCCCGGGGCCGUUAGCGUUGAAGAGGAGAGCUGGAGAGCAUAGAGUAACAGCUCUACCUCGCCACAGGGAGCCCCAGUGGGCCCCAGCCCAGGCAGCUCCCGGCCCCUCUAACCCAGAGAUGAAGGCCCGGCGGCUGGGGUUCCCAGGUCAGCACACCCCUCCUCUGGUUCUCUACCUUUAUCUCCCACCAGGAUCCGCCUACCCCCCCAGAACCAGGCACCGAGCCAGAGGUUUGGGGGUAUCUUGAUGGUUCCUGGUCUCUACUGUGUUGCUGUGUUCAGGUCUGGGCUCUGCUCUGCCCUGCUCCUCUCUCUCUCUCUCUCUCUCUCUCUCUCUCUCUCUCUCUCUCUCUCUCAGGUCUACUAUAAUCUCUACCGUCUGUGUGAGAGUGCAGGCUUUUAGGCUUUCAUUUUCAGUCAGUUUGUAGUGAAAUGCCAUAAGAGCAUAUCCAAACUGCAUAGUGUAAAUGUAGGUGUAUUUGAAAUGGUUAAAAUAGUUCCCAGAAUGUAUUUAUUUUAGAUUUGAAUCAUUUUUUAAGACAACAAAUGAAUAUGAAUCUGACAGUAAUGAACAAGAGACUUCUCUAUGAUAUAAGUUCAUCUGAUCACUGAAAUGGAGCUGGGACGAUAAACAGAUUUUUUUUUGACACCACCGAUCACUUAUCACAGGAAUUUUGCAAGUAUCGUUCAUGAUGAUAAGUAGCCUAUACUAGAGAAAUGUGAUGUUUGAAAUGAAAUAAAUGUACUAAUAUGAGUGAUUUGUUAAUGGGACAAUUGAUGGCUACAACCGUCAAACUAGUAGUUGUAGUUUAAAUUAUAUAUUUUUUAAACUGUGGUGUACAUUCAUAUUAUAAACCUAUUGUUUUAGUUAUCGUUAUCACACCAAUUAAGGCAAUUUAUCCCAAUAUGGGGUUUUGUCCCUAUCGCCUAGCUCUACUCCGGUACCUCAUGCUCAAACACACAGCACUAGUUCAUCAUAAUGUCCUGGUGCAGACAGACAGCCACACUGACGUUCUACACUGACACCUACGCCAAAACAUGGGAACCAACCGUCCUUCCUCCGUCCACAUAACUGGUCCCAGGGUUUUACAUUUACGAGUGUGGAAAAAGUAGGAUCUCCCAGAUAAAAAUUGCAGGGGGUCAGAGGUGAAGUAUCACUCUGAUUUAUUUACUAGGCAGAGAGAUGGAGGCCCGGUCGGCUAGAUUCCGCCAUACAUACAUACGUCUCGGGGAUGUGCCCGUGUUAUGACAGAAAGUCCGCAAAUAUUUGCUGAUGCUAACCAGAGCCCUGGUAAACAGUGUCAUCUAUGGGAGGCAGAAUAGCAGUGUGAUUUACAUGGCAUGUUACAGCAGAAAUGUGGGUGUUAGUUUGACAUGUGUGUUAGUAAGACAUUUUGAAUGCCGUAAGUUAGACUUGCCACAUGCCUUGUAAUGGGCCUCCCAUGAAUUGUAAAGCAAAGAUCGGCCGUGUUGAAAAUAUGAUGUUUUAUGGUAAGGAAUUGUAAAUGAACUUAUUGAGUGCAAAUAUCAUAGCUAGUUGCUCAUUGGCACUUGAACAUACUGUAAUCAACAAACGGCAUACUGCCAUGACAGAGAUACUUGUCAGACCAGAUAGAUGGCAGUGGGUCUCCUUGAAUAGGAACCUUUAGUGUGAUCCCCUGUCACACUAGGAGAGACAUGGAGGGUGCUCCAGCUCCGCCUUCUUUCUCACCACCUCUGCUGUCCUCAGGCCAAACACUACUGUCAUUAAUCGCUGAUGUCAUCAAGGCCAGGUCCAACCGGACAUUGUGACUGAAAGUCAUGGGAAGGGGUUGUUGUUAGGGGGAAAUAAAGAUCAUAGGAGGCUUGAUUCACAUGUUCACAUGCACAGGGCUGCAUGAAAUGAGAGGGAGAGGUGGGGAGAUCAAAGCUAGACUGCAUGGGACACAGAAAGACAGCCCCCCCCCCCCCACCCCAACCCCCAUCCCCUUACAUGAAUAAGCCAUAAUGGUAAACAGGAGAAUGGGGGGGCUGCCUUUCUGGAGGGGGCAACAGUAUGAUACAUGCAGUUAGCGUUCAUAAGGAUGUUUACUUCAAUGUGUCCUGUAAAGCUGGGGCUCUGGUGGGAAUCUGAUGCUUACCUCAACGUCCACUUGGGAAUUUUAAAUAUAGUUCAUCCAACUUAACGAUUCCUAUGUGGAAUCUGACUAAUGGCCUGUUGUUCAUUUGCAGUUUGAACCAUGUUUGAAAACACGAUACAUGAACAUGUGUAGCUAGUAUUGCAUGAUGUGUUGGAUGAUAAAAUAAUGAACAUACUCUGUACUCUAGCCAUCAGAAAUGGCAGUGACAGAUAUGUCUACUCUAAGUCAUACCAGAAGGGAAAGGCCUAUCUAGUAAACUCAGCUGAUCAGAUACUGACUAGAUUGGAUGGUAGUCACUAGUAUCAGGGGUGGUGCUGACGUGAAGCACCCAGGGAGAGAGGUGUAGACGGCGGCGGGAGAGAGACAGGGGAGACCAUGGUCUGGUUCUGCACUGGUCAUGAGUAAGAGAGGCCAGGCUAUGUCAAGCCCAUGGGGAGGUGUGUGUGUGUACGUGUGUGAAUGUGUGCAUGUUAGUGUAUAGCGGGACAGGGUUGGGGUUCAGUGUUUGGUUCUCCAUCUGUUCCCCAGCAGCUCAGGCCUUUAAAUUAUUCAGUUAGGUUAUUAGCUACACUUAUCGUUGAGCCCCACGCUCCUGUCAAUUUAAUCAGCUGUCAGAGCAGGUGCUUGGCUGUUACUAUUAAACCUACGACCAGGAGAGGAGCUGGGAAAAGCAGAGCUCUGGGCUCUCUGGGUUUCGGGUUGGCAGGGCCUGAAUAAUUUAGAGGUUUUAACCAAUAACCGGGCUCGCCGCCUUGUAAACACAAGCAAUUUCAUUAAUCUGUGCUAUUCCUAAGAGUUGAAUGUGCUUACAGGCUGAGAGUGUGAGUGAGAAAGUGAGUGCCUAUGUUUAAAGUUAUUGCUUAGCAUGCUGGGGUGCUGGAGAGUCAUCCCAUUUGAUUGUUUGAUCUACAAAAUAAUUAAUCUUUGGCUUAAUGCAGAAUAGGAUACGUUUAAUGCAGAAUAGGAUAAUUGUUAUCAACCACUGCAAAGGGACAGUGAUGGGUUUUUAACUGUGUGCCGAGGCUAAUUAGCUAGCAUAUUCAUUCCUAUUUCUUCUGUUCUUUACUGUUCAGAAGUAUGGCCAUUAAUUAAGCUCCAAGGAGAAGUUUACGUUUUACAACCAAAUCUCUAUUUUUGAUGUAAAGGGCAUGUUAUAAAAGUAUCUCAAAUUGAUUGUGAAGCACAUCAAAGUCACUUAUAAAUUAUUUUGACAUGAUGCACGAAAAAUGACAUGACAUGACAUGAAUGGAAUUUGUUCCACAAAUGCUAAAACGUUAGCAUGUGUAAACAGUGCCUAGAAAACUAAACCAAAGCAUGGAUUGCUGUCAUACCUUGCCCAUAGGCUGCUUACCGGGUAAAGAAAUCAAUGUAAUUUUGUAAUUUGGGUCAACUGUCCCUUUAAGUCAUAUUAAUGGGACAGAUUCAACAUUUUAACUGCAGAUAGUUAUACAGUACCACAAUUAUAGAUCAGCGGUAUUGGCAAUAAAACUGCGAUUGGCUUGAUUCUAGUUCAAUGAUGGUAUGGACGGAAUUUACUAUGUACAUUAUGUACAUUAACCCUAUUCUCUAAAUAAGACGUCUAUCAGUGUGGAAUACAUUUUACAUUUGAGAAAUUAUGUUAAACACUCUUAUCCAGAGCAACUUACCAUAAGUGCAUUCAACAGAAGCAGCUAAAACAUUACCUGUAUGUACUAUACAGUGUGUGUGAAAUCAAAUCAAAUCAAAUUAUCUGUCACAUGCGCCGAAUACAACAGUGAAAUACUUACUUACAAGCCCUUAACCAACAAUGCAGUUUUAAGAAAAAUAAGUGUUAAGUAAAAAAUAGAUAGAAAAAAUAAAAAUAGCAAAUUAUGUAAGCAGUAAAAUAACAGUAGCGAGGCUAUAAACAGGGGGUACUGGUACAGAGUCAAUGUGCGGGGGCACCGGUUAGUUGAGGUAAUAUGUACAUGUAGGUAGAGUUAAAGUGACUAUGCAUAAAUAAUAAACAGAGAGUAGCAGCAGCGUAAAAGAGGGGGGGUGGCACGGCAAUGCAAAUAGUCUAGGUAGCCAUUUGAUUAGCUGUUCUCUAGUCUUAUGGCUUGGGGAUAGAAGCUGUUAAGAAUCCUUUUGGACCUAGACUUGGUGCUCCGGUACCGCUUGCCGUGCGGUAGCAGAGAGAACAGUCUAUGACUAGGGUGGCUGGAGUCUUUGACCAUUUUUAGGGCCUUCCUCUUACACCGCCUGGUAUAGAGGUCCUGGAUGGCAGGAAGCUUGGCCCCAGUGAUGUACUGGGCCGUACGCACUACCCUCUGUAGUGCCUUGCGGUCGGAGGCCGAGCAGUUGCCAUACCAGGCAGGAUGCUCUCAAUGGUGCAGCUGUAGAACUUUUUGAGGAUCUGAGGACACGUGCCAAAUCUUUUCAGUCUCCUGAGGGGGAAACUGUUAAGACAGUAGACUAACCGUUGCUGGUAUUUCUGCAGCCAGACUGUAUCAUCCUGGAGCAUAGAUCACAGCGGGGUCAGAACCAGUCAGUGUUUAACAUCCAAAGUACCUUCAGCCUAAUGUGUGUCAUCUGCCAUCUUAAAUCAUCCAGGCCCUGCUUUGAUACCAACGCCAGCUUUCUGUCUGCUGAGCUACUAGAGCCCAGUCUACAUACUCCUCUAUGUGUGUGUGUGUUUGUGUUUCUCUGUCUGUGUAUGUGUGUGUGUGUGUGUACGCACGCUUGUGUAUCUUUGUGUGUCUGUAUGAGUGUGCCUGCAUACGUGUGUGUGUGUGUGACCAGUAGGUAGUGAUAAGGCCAUGCUCCCCCUGUGUCAGCACUGAUAAGAAGACCCAGGCCUACUUUGAUAGGGCCACUGGCCUGUCAGGAAGCCUAGUUUAACUGACAGCUUUAUCCAGAUGCUGUUUCCACUCUCUUCCUGUAUGGAUGUUAUGGAUAAGAGGACACCAGGUCUCCUACAACACUGGCCCCUAGGGAGAGGGAUACAGUUGUAUUAGUAACCAGAAUGAGUAACCUGAGACUAAAAUACUGCUACUGUAGAAUUAGAAUACUGUACGGAAGUACACCAAGACUCUGACACGAGCCUGUAGGUUACAGUAGCUGCCAGCGGUAUUAGUAACCUCUGACUGAAGUAGUGCACCAGAUCACUAUAUGUUAUGUAUGGUAGUACACUAGGACCCAUACUGUAGAGGGAUAUAGUGGGACAGUAUUGGUAAGGGAAAGGGGGAUUCCUAGUCCGUUGCACAACUGAAUGCAUUCAACCGAAAUGUGUUUAACCCCUCUGAAUCCGAGAGGUGCGGGGGGGCUGCCUUAAUCGACGUCCAUGUCGUCUGUAACCUAUACCAGACCACUGUGUUAUGGAUGGGAGUACACCAGGACUUCUCCAACACUGGCCCAUAGUGUACAGUAGGGGCCUUAAGGACAGGGAUACAGUGUAAACGUAUAGGUCCAUUAUAACUUCUACGUACUUUCUAUAUAGUUUUAGACGUUCAAAAGUGGCCUGGAGUGCUUUUUAACCCAAACCUCCAUCGGGACAGAUUGAAUGGGCUCGCGGGCCAGAUCCUGCCCGCGAGCCGCAUGUUGCCCACCCCUGGUGUAACCUAAGGUAGCCUAAGAGUAAAGUAGUUUACUACAGCUUCUGCUGUGGGUCUAUGGCCAUGUCUGUUAUCCAUGUGUUUUAAACAAUAGUAGAGGAGUAAAACAUGCAACUACAAAGAGGCUGUGUCCGAAUUGUUGGCUCAAAACAAAUGUGAUACAUUGCAAGAACAAUCUGCGGCAGCUUCUUUUCUUUGAACUAUAUUGUGGAAGAAAGAGCAGGUUUAUCUGCUGAUACCUUUGUAUUGAAGCUUUAAUACUAUUUAUAAUGGUGGAUGGGCCCACUUUCUGCUAAUAAAUCACAAUGUUUACUGACUGACUGAGUGAGUGAGUGAUGCAGGAAGCCAAUCGAUUUCAGGCAAGAUGGAUGCAGCCAUUACUGAAUAUUCUGUGUCAGGGAAAUAGGCCUCUAAUGACUCUCUACUGUCUAAAUGGGAUCCUAUACUGUUGUUCUAGCAUGCUGCAGCCUGAUUCUUGUCAGUCACAUCUCUCUAUGCAAUAUGCGUACUAAGCUGACAUCAUCACGAUUGUUAAUAUUCUGGAAUGACAAAAGUUCUGUUCUUAUGUCCAUAGUUAUUCUGUCGUCUCAGGGAAUGCAUUUUAUAAUGUGUGUUUUAAUGGUAUUCAACAAAUUUUUUCAACAAAAUAUUUACUCUUUUUUGUUGACAGAAGCGUUCGGGUGGCGCCCAAGAAGGUGGGCGGGGCUCGGUCCCCAGGCUCCUCCACUCCUGUCCAAUCAGCCGCCGCUGCUGUGGCGGCCGCCGGGACACCAGUCAACAAUGUUGCCGUGGUUUCCACAGGUGAUGCCUCCCAGAGAACCACCGCUGAGGCUACAGCCGGUGAGUCCCAGACAUUAGAAGGAAGGUUACUGUAGGUGUCCCAGCAGUAAGGUUACCAUGCUACAGAGACAGCACGUCAGAGCUGCAUCGAAGAAUACGUCAGCGUGGAAAAUAUAUAAGGUGGAAGGACUGACAACACUAAGAAUACCAGAUAGCCAAGCCCAUCUCUGAAAGGAAAAUACCACUAAAAAACUAUAUUUUGGUAUUUGUUUCAUUAGUCCACUGUUGAGUCAGCAGUGAAGUAUUCAAGAUAUAGAACUUUCAAAAUACAGAAAGUGUCACAGUAUUGCAACUUAUCUGACAGUAAUGUAGUCAUCUUAUCCUUCCUAAACCCUGUGUUGAUGCCACAGUCCCUGAUCUGCCUCCUUAAGCCCAAAGAGUACUUCUAUGGUAGGUUAAGUAGAUCAGUCCCUCAGUAUAGGGCGGCAGGUAGCCUAGUGGUUGAGAGCGUUGGGCCAGAAACCGAAUGGUCGCUGGUUCGAAUACCCAUGCCGACUGUCGAUGUGCCCUUGAGCAAGGCACUUAACCCUAAUUGCUCCUGUAAGGAUAAAGACAGUCUGCUAAAUGACUAAAAUGGGAAUGUAAAAAUGUAGUUGAGUAUUUCAGUGUGUAUUUCUGAAAGCUCCCUCCACGCUGUGUAAUCCAGUUAGACUGGAACACAGCAGAGCAGACAGACAGAAGAACAUUAUUACAGGUUUAGUGCGUUAUCAAGGAAUACAGGGAUUACUGUCAGACGCUAUAUAAACUCAGCAAAAAAAGAAACGUCCUCUCACUGUCAACUGCGUUUAUUUUCGGUAAAUAUUAGUAUGAACAUAAUAAGAUUCAACAACUGAGACAUAAACUGAACAAGUUCCACAGACAUUUGACUAACAGAAAUGGAAUAAUGUGUCCCUGAACAAAGGGGGGGGGGGGGGACAAAAUCAAAAGUAAUAGUCAGUAUCUGGUGUGGCCACCAUUAAGUACUGCAGUGCAUCUCGUCCUCAUGGACUGGACCAGAUUUGCCAGUUCUUGCUGUGAGAUGUUACCCCACUCUUCCACCAAGGCACCUUCAAGUUCCCGGACAUUUCUGGGGGGAAUGGCCCUAGACUUCACCCUUUGAUCCAACAGGUCCCAGACGUGCUCAAUGGGAAUGAGAUCCGGGCUCUUCGCUGGCCAUGGCAGAACACUGACAUUCCUGUCUUGCAGGAAAUCACGCACAGAACGAGCAGUAUGGCUGGUGGCAUUGUCAUGCUGGAGGGUCAUGUCAGGAUGAGCCUGCAGGAAGGGUACCACAUGAGGGAGGAGGAUGUCUUCCCUGUAACGCACAGCGUUGAGAUUGCCUGCAAUGACAACAAGCUCUGACCGAUGAUGCUGUGACACACCGCCCCAGACCAUGACGGACCCUCCACCUCCAAAUCGAUCCCGCUCCGUUGUACAGGCCUCGGUGUAACUCUCAUUCCUUUGACGAUAAACGAGAAUCCGAUCAUCACUCCUGUUGAGACAAAACCACGACUCGUCAGUGAAGAGCACUUUUUGCCAGUCCUGUCUGGUCCAGCGACGGUGGGUUUUUGCCCAUAGGCGACGUUGUUGCCGGUGAUGUCUGGUGAAGACCUGCCUUACAACAGGCCCACAAGCCCUCAGUCAAACCUCUCUCAGCCUAUUGCGGACAGUGUGAGCACUGAUGGAGGGAUUGUGCGUUCCUGGUGUAACUCAGGCAGUUGUUGUUGCCAUCCUGUACCUGUCCCGCAGGUGUAAUAUUCGGAUGUCCCAAUCCUGUGCAGGUGUUGUUACACGUGGUCUGCCACUGCGAGGACGAUCAGCUGUCCGUCCUGUCUCCCUGUAGCGCUGUCUUAGGCGUCUCACAGUACGGACAUUGCAAGUUUAUUGCCCUGGCCACAUCUGCAGUCCUCAUGCCUCCUUGCAGCAUGCCUAAGACACGUUCACGCAGAUGAGCAGGGUCCCUGGGCAUCUUUCUUUUCAGAGUCAGUAGAAAGGCCUCUUUAGUGUCCUAAGUUUUCAUAACUGUGACCUUAAUUGCCUACCGUCUGUAAGCUUUUAGUGUCUUAACGACUGUUCCACACGUGCAUGUUCAUUAAAUGUUUAUGGUUCAUUGAACAAGCAUGGGAAACAGUGUUUAAACCCUUUACAAUGAAGAUCUGUGAAGUUAUUUGGAUUUUUACGAAUUAUCUUUGAAAGACAGGGUCCUGAAAAAGGGACGUUUCUUUUUUUGCUGAGUUUAGUACAGGACUCUGACUGCAGCCCAAAUAUUGACUUUUACUCUGUCUUAAUGGGGUAUCUCUGUUGGUUUGGCUUAAAUGUAAUGAUGUCAUGUUGACAAUAGGUAAAGAAGGACUGAUAUUCUGUGUGUUCUAGGAAUUAUACAGCGUAUAUGAAUGAUAAAUUAUGCAUGGCAAGUUAUAGAAUUAUAGAUUAUCUACAAGCUAUAUCAAGUCCAGGUUCUUUUCUAUGCACUCAGCUUAAUAAAAGUGCUCAAAUUCCUUUCAACUCAAGUAGCAGUCUUGUCUACUGAGAGGAGUAUGUCUCCUUUAGUCCAUGGUGAUAGUGGGUAAACACUGGGCAGAAGACCUAUUGACAUUUCCUUUCAUGGCCUGUCGUCUUGUGUGUGGAUAGAGCAUGUUUUAUAUGUGUGUCUGUGUUUUAGGAGAUUGUGUAUGUAUAUUGCUAUAGUGUUAGUUGGGUAAUGUUUGCGUGUGCGGUUUGAGAGGAGUGUGUGUGAAAGGGGGUGAAGAGAGAGAAAGAGAGAGUGUGUGUGUGUGUGUGUGUUUAAGGGGGGCCAGUGGGAGGAUUGAUGGAGAUAAGUUAAUUUACUCCUCCACUGUUUGAAGGAGCUACUUCAUGUCCACCGGGAGCCUCUCAGCAGGCCACACAACACAGUGGUGCUUAAAGACAGGCCCCCGUGUCCACACACACACAUUCCAGUCCACACCACAGCCUGUCAUUCCCUAAGAGUUAUCCCUGCUCUGAGACCUUCCCUUACGGCUGGAGAAACAAGCCCACCAAACACCAGAGGAAUCGCCUCCACGUAUUCAGCCGGGCAUUAUGGAAUUUAUGGGCGACAGUGAAAUUGAAUUUAUGACCAGAUCAAUCAAACGUUGUGCUUUGUAGACGUUAUAGACUUGUGUGUCUCUGCCGAGAGGACGGUGUCGUAAAGCGCCACCAAGUCAUUUCAUGAAUAUGCGCCGAAAGCGAUGAAAGCAAACCUGUUAAUAAAAAAAUAACUAAUGUUUUGCUUACUUUAAAUGAAAUAAUUUUCAUUAUUUACCAGAAUAUUUUAAAAUUGUUCAGUUCAAUAUCAGCUCAAAAGGCAAGCGAAUCCUGUAUGCAUAGUGGUGUGUAAAAUGUAUGGCCGUCCCGUGUAGCUCAGUUGGUAGAGCAUGGCGUUUGCAACGCCAGGGUUGUGGGUUCGAUUCCCACAGGGAGCCAGUAUGAAAAUGUAUGCACUCACUAACUGUAAGUCGCUCUGGAUAAGAGCGUCUGCUAAAUGACUAAAAUGUAAAAAUGUAAUAGAAAAACCCUGCUAAUAUCCAUGCUGGUUUGUAAAAAAAAAUCUGCAUGAAGAUUCCCUGAUGAAUGUAGCAUUAAUUAGGCCAUACAUGCACAAAAUGAUCUAUGCCUAUGAAUUUCCAAGUGGAAGGAAGACGUAUGGAGCCAACUCUACAUCAUCCACUAUCUAACACCAGACAAUUACACUACACUUAUCCCACACACACGGUCCGCUUUAAACAUAAAUCCACCCGUUCUAUAACAUUAGAAUGGAAACCCUCUGAAACCCUCACCAGAUUUAUUGAGCCACUCGGUUCCUUCAGUGCAGUAAUGUAUUGGUGUGGAGGAGGGCCGAUGUAUUGUCCGAUCCUGCUACCAGACUAAUAAUGAUACUGAUACUAAUAAUGAACCACUGGAUUAUCACCAGAAACCACAUUUAUGCUCCACUCCUUUCUUUCUGUGGUAAUGCAUUGAGGUGGAUGAGGGAGGUGUGUGUGUGUAUCUGUGUGUGUGUGUGUGUGCGUGCUCUUCUGUUUGUGUGUGUGUCUACUGUUCUGUCCUGCUCCCAGACUAAUAAUGAGGCUCUCUGGUUUCCACCAGGAUCAGCCAGCGCCAACCUGCCAUCUGUCCCCACGCUGUCCCCAAUGACCCAGGACACAGCCCCCAGUAUGAGGUGAUACGUCACUACACACACCGCCUGGACACGAGAGCUCUCUCUCUCACACACGCACACGCACACACGUAUAAAGGACAUGCAGUAGGCACUGGCCUGCAUAAUCAGCAAUGUACCUCUGCCCUCUAACCUUUUCUUUUUCUCCAAUCUUUCUUUUUUUCUGACUCUUCUAUUUUCAAUUUUUCUCUUUGUUUUGAUGUAAGACAAUAUUGCAGAUUCUGCAGUAGUUUUAGCUGCUGCUUUGUGGCUCAAUUUCAGUUCUAAAGUCGCCUCUAUGCAUUUUAAUAUUGAAUAGUACAUAUUUGCCUGGCACUGACACAUGAAUGGACAUGUAUAAAGUGCAUGGGUGUAAAUCUGAGUGUCUAAUCUUCCCCUCAGUAUCUCCGAGAGGCUGGAGCAUGCUCUGGAGAAGGCUGCCCCCCUACUGAGAGAGAUCUUUGUGGACUUCGCGCCCUUCCUCUCUCGCACCCUGCUGGGUAGUCACGGACAGGAGCUCCUCAUCGAGGGCACCAGUAAGGACCCAUGUAGAGAGCACCAUGGACCACAUGGAUACACACAAAUCAAAUCAAAUGUAUUUAUAAAGCCCUUUUUACAUCAGCAGAUGUUACAAAGUGCUUAUACACACACACACACACACACAUUAUAUGAUAAUUAUAUCAAACUCGUCUUUAAUGUCAACCGCUUUAUCUCAAUAAAAAUGUUCCUGUAGAUUUCCGACCUGACUCUCCAUGAUCUGGGGGCGUAACCUACCAUCCCACCCUCAAGCACAGCCACACUAGCCUUAGUAUACACACUGCAGAACUACGGGUCAUUUCACACGCUCCUUCUUCUAAGCAGCACUAAAACAGACCCUUUGGUAAUGACAUCAAGGCUGGUAAAGGCCGCAAUAGACAUGAUCAGUUUUAACUAACUGAUUGUAGCUGUGCUGCAGUAUGGGGGGGGGGGGGGGGGGGUUCUAGAGGCCUGGGUCAGGGGUCAGCCCACUAAUGGGAGUGUUUGGGAUGUCUACUGCCACCAAACAAAAUGGAAAGUUGAUUGAUAGCUGCAGGAGGGAUGAGAGGAGGGGAGGGGUUUGUGUGGGGGGGGUAGUGGGUGGGUGGGUGUGUCUGGGAGUGUGGGGGGUAGUGGGUGGGUGUGUCUGGGAGUGUGGGGGGAUUGUGUGUGUGUGUGUGUCCAUACAUAUGUUGGUGUGUGUGCGUGCUCAGACCAGAGGAACUGAGAAAGCAGAGGUCCCUUUUCCUCUCUGCAUAUGA